GGAGCAUUCCCAGCCUUGCCUCGGGUGUAGGGAUUGCAAGGGAAAAAGCAAAACUACACGGUUAAGAUCCUGUGUAGUUUUGUUUUUAGGGAUAUUUGGAGGCUCAACCGUUCUCACACAGUGUUUUCUGAAACCAUAUCUGGAUAAGGACUUUUUCAGAAGACAAAACCCUUUGGGCUUCGCCCCAUCAGUUCAAGGCACUCUUGUGGAUACAAGGUGCCUUCCACCAUGGCUACAAAGGCGCCAACAUUUACACAGCCGCUUCAGAGCGUUGUGGCACUUGAGGGUAGUGCUGCAACGUUCGAAGCUCAAGUUAGUGGUAAUCCAGUUCCAGAGGUGAGCUGGUUUCGUGAUGGCCAGGUUCUUACUGCUGCCGCUCUGCCCGGCGCUCAGAUCUCAUUCAGCGAUGGCCGCGCUGCUUUGAUGAUCCCCGCCGUGACAGCCGCACACAGCGGAAGAUUUUCUGUCAGAGCCACCAAUGGCGCUGGACAAGCCACUAGCACAGCUGAACUGCUGGUUACAGCUGAAACUGCGCCACCAAACUUUAUUCAAAGACUACAAAGUAUGACCGUGAGACAAGGAAGCAAAGUGAGACUGGAUGUUCGAGUUACAGGAAUCCCUACACCUGUGGUGAAGUUUUACAGAGAGGGAGCCGAGAUUCAAAGCUCCGCUGACUUUCAGAUUGUUCAAGAUGGAGACCUUUACAGUUUGUUGAUUGCUGAAGCGUUCCCAGAAGAUUCAGGAACGUAUUCUGUCAACGCUUUCAACAGCAGUGGACGUGCGACCUCAACAGCUGAGUUGCUUGUUCAGGGGGAAGAGGAAGCCGUACCUGCCAAGAAGUCAAAAACAGUCAUUUCAACCUCUCAGAUUUCACAGACCCGUCAGACUAGAGUAGAUAAGAGGAUGGAGGCUCACUAUGAGGCCACAGCUAUGAUGCAAAUGCAAGUAGAGGGAGGGUUUGUGGCCCAGCAGCUGGCACAUAAGACCCCACCACGUGUGCCCCCUAAACCAUCUUCUAAAUCCCCCACUUCCCAUGUGACUAAAGUGGCAGGUGCCCGCCAACAGUCUCCCUCUCCAGUGAGGCAUGUUAGGGGUCCGACACCCACUGCUGUCAGAGCUGUGUCUCCUUCCACGAGGCUGUCUGUUUCCCCGAUCAGACCAGUCAAGUCACCCAUAAUGACUCGCAAACAAGUUACACAGACAACGGAGGUCCUGCCUCCAUGGAAGCAGGCGGGCUACGUUUCUGAGGCCAGCUACCAGAGCAUGAUGGCAAGAGCAGCACAAGUCCAGACGACAACUACCCGUGUCCAUGUGGAGCGUUGUGAGGGCGCUGCUGCAGUUCAACAACAAAUUGGCAUUGUCAAAGAGGGUGAUGGAAAAAAGGCAGGGGCCGUGGCCACUGUGCUUGCUGCUGUCGAUCACGCACGCGUGCGAAAGCCCAUGCAUGCUGAAGGGGCUCAAAUGGAAGAAGACGCUGAUGUCACACAUCAGGAAAUGCUAGCCGCUAAGCAACAGGUCACAAGUAAAAAGGAGUUGUUGGUUAUUCCCCCUGAAAUGCCAGUGUCCACCACUGAGAAAAGUGUACAUGUCAGACAGAUCGAAAGAACAACCGAGGUUAGCUCCAAGGUGGAGACUGGCCUUGCACCUUCCCCAUCUCCACAUUUUACAGUAUCAAAAGUUACUGUACCAAAACCAGAUCAUAGCUAUGAGGUUUCAAUAGCAGGCUCAGCUAUUGCCACACUGCAUAAAGAGUUCUCUUCAACAACUGGUGCUCAAAAGAUCAUCAAGCCUGUCAAGCCACCAACACAUAAGAUGCUAGAGACUCGUGUGACCCCAGAACCAACCCCUUCUCCAUUUAGAGAUGCUGCAGAGAGAUAUCAGAUACAUUAUGACACCGAGUCAUACAGACAGAUAGGCGUUUCGUUUACUGGGGAGGAGUGGGACACGCAGGUUGUUGAGACGGCAGCGGUCCCCUCUGUUGUCAAAGAACCUGUUGUGCCACCUACCUUGAUAGCAGGUUUAAAGAACGUGACUGUCACUGAGGGAGAGUCUGUGACUUUGGAGUGCCAGAUUUCAGGUCAACCAACUCCAGCCAUUAUGUGGUUCAGAGAGGAUUACAGAAUCGAGAGCUCCAUUGAUUUUCAGAUCACUUAUGAACGCCAUUAUGCUCGUUUGGUGAUUCGCGAGGCUUUUGCUGAAGAUAGUGGCCGCUUCACUUGCACUGCUACCAGUGAGGCUGGAACCAUCAGCACCUCCUGCUACCUGCUGGUCAAAGUGUCUGAGGAGAUUGAGAGCAGAGAGGAGAUUUCUAUCCAAGAGAAAAAGAUUGUCAUUGAAGCCAAAGAGGAGGCUGCAGCUGAAGUAAGCGCUGUCUCAGUAGAGACUGGACCAGGUGCAGCUCCUUUCUUUGUGAGGAAACCAGUGGUUCAGAAACUGGUUGAGGGUGGUAGUGUUGUCUUCGACUGCCAGAUCGGAGGCACCCCCAAACCUCAUGUUUACUGGAAAAAGAGUGGCGUUCCACUCACUACUGGAUACAGAUAUAGAGUUAGCUAUGACAAGGAUACAGGGGAAUGCAAGUUGGUGAUUUCUAUGACAUUUGCUGAUGAUGCUGGAGAGUACACCAUCUUUGCCAGGAACCAACAUGGAGAGGCAUCAGCUACCACAAGCCUCCUCGAAGAAGAGGAAUUUGAAGCCUAUAUGAAAACACAGGAAGUGACGUAUAUAACAGAAGUGACAGCAAUGGUACAGGAACCCAGAGUGGCAGAUGUGCCCCCUGUACAUGUAAGCGAAUAUGAGAGAGAGAUUGUGCAGCGAAGGAUGGCCCAACAAACACAAAUGAUGCAGACCUUUAUCACAGAAACGGAAUUCCAAAUAUCCGCAAUUGAGCGAAAAAUAAUCCAAGAGAUUGAAAUCCGCAUCCUGAAAAUUACUUACCAAGAGCUGGUUAUUGAGGAUGGAGAGGAGAUGAUCAUGAAUAUUGCUGAGCAUGAGGCUGUCACAUCCUCAUUUAGUACUCCGGUCAAGAGCUACAGAAUUCUGGAAGGAAUGGGUGUUACCUUCCACUGCAAGAUGGAAGGAAAGCCAUUACCAAAGAUUGCCUGGUAUAAAGAUGGCAUACGCAUAAGGCAUGGAGGCCGCUAUCAGAUGGAGGUUCUGCAGGAUGGUAGAGCUAGUCUGCGCCUUCCUGUGGUGCUGCCAGAAGAUCAGGGAAUUUAUACUGCAUUUGCCAGCAAUAUGAAGGGCAAUGCUGUCAGUUCUGGAAAACUCUAUGUUGAAUCCACUGCAGGUGCUCACUUUCCUCAGGCUGAAGCUGUGAGGAGAAUCCAGUCUGCAUCUCCAAUGUCUGCUCGCUCUGCUAGCUACUCACCUGGGCGGUCACCAGCUCGAUCUGUUAGCCGCUCUCCUGCUCGUAGACUUGAUGACACAGACGAGACCCAACUUGAAAGGCUGUAUAAGCCUGUGUUUGUACAGAAGCCAUCAUCAUUUAGGUGUUGUGAAGGACAAACUGCAAGGUUCGAUUUGAAGGUGGUUGGAAGACCCAUGCCCGACACCUUUUGGUUCCACAAUGGACAACAAGUGGUCAAUGACUACACCCACAAGAUUGUGAUUAAGGAGGAUGGAACUCAGUCGAUGAUUGUGGUUCCUGCAAUGCCUCAUGACUCUGGAGAAUGGACCGUUGUUGCUCAGAACAGAGCUGGAAAGACAACCGUUUCUAUGACUCUCACCGUUGAAGCAAAGGAAAAUUUGGUCCGACCUCAGUUCAUAGAAAAACUAAGGAACCUCAGUGUUAAGGAAGGAAGUUUGGUCGAGUUGGCAGUUAAAGCCAUUGGAAACCCUCUCCCUGACAUUGUCUGGCUGAAAAACAGUGAUAUCAUCUCUCCUCAUAAAUACCCUAACAUCAGAAUUGAGGGUGCCAAGGGAGAGGCACAUUUUAAGAUUCCUCAGUCCUCCGGCUCUGAUAGUGCAUGGUACACAGCCACAGCCAUAAACAAGGCUGGCAGAGACACCACUCGCUGCAGGGUCAAUGUGGAAGUAGAGUACACCCAACCCGAACCAGAAAGAAAACUUAUCAUAACCAAAGGAACAUAUAAAGCCAAGGAAAUUGCUGCACCGGAGAUUGAACCCCUCCAUCUUCGCUAUGGUCAGGAACAAUGGGAAGAAGGUGAUCUUUAUGACAAGGAGAAGCAACAGAAGCCACACUUUAAAAAGAAGCUUACCUCAGUCAGGAUGAAGCGAGUUGGACCUGCACACUUUGAGUGUAGAUUGACCCCUAUUGGUGACCCAAACAUGGUUGUUGAGUGGCUGCAUGAUGGCAAGCCCCUGGAAGCUGCUAACAGACUCCGCAUGAUCAAUGAGUUUGGCUAUUGUAGUCUUGACUAUGAAGCUGCUUAUUCCAGGGACAGUGGUAUCAUUACUUGCAGAGCCACCAACAAGUUUGGUAUCGACCAGACCUCUGCAACCCUGAUUGUGAAGGAUGAGAAGAGUCUUGUGGAGGAAAGCCAGCUGCCAGAAGGUAGAAAGGUUCACAGAAUAGAUGAAAUGGAAAGAAUUGCCCAUGAAGGUGCACCCUCAGGAGUUUCAAUGGAUGAUGUGACUGAAAAGACCAAGCCAGAUAUUGUCUUACUCCCAGAACCCAUAAGAGUAUAUGAGGGGGAAACAGCCAAAUAUCGUUGCAGAGUGACCGGUUACCCUACUCCUAAAGUCAACUGGUACCUCAAUGGACAGCUUAUUCGUAAGAGCAAAAGAUUCAGACUACUAUUUGAUGGCAUUCACUACCUGGAAAUCACUGAUUGUAAGUCAUAUGAUUCUGGAGAUGUCAAAGUAUUGGCUGAGAACCCAGAGGGUACAGCUGAGCACACUGUAAAGCUGGAGAUCCAACAGAAGGAAGAUUUUAGGACAAUCUUGCGUCGUGCUCCUGAAAUGAAGGCACCGGAGGCACAUGAAGCUGGCAGAGUUUCCUUUGAUGUUGUGAAGGUGGAUAAACCCACAGAGACUUCACAAACAAAAGAGGUUGUCAGGCUAAAGAGGGCUGAAAGAGUUGUCCAUGAAAAAUCUACAGAGGAGACAGAAGAGCUGCGCAGCAAAUUUAAACGCAGGACUGAAGAGGGCUAUUAUGAAGCCAUAUCCUCGGUUGAGAUGAAGUCUCGCAGGAAAGACGAAUCUUAUGAAGGAAUGUUAAAGAAGAGAAAAGAUGAGCUUCUGCACUGGACCAAAGAGGUUUCUGAGAUUGAAAAGAGAAAGGAGGAGGAAGAGCGCAAACUUACCAUUCCUACAAUCAGACCUGAGAAAAUAGCUUUCUCUCCUAGUAUGGAGGCUCCGAAGAUCUUGGAAAGAAUUCAGAGCCAGACAGUUGCACUGUCUGAAGAAGUGCGUUUCCGUUGUAGGGUUGUUGGUAAGCCUGAUCCAGAGUGCCAAUGGUUCAAAAAUGGAAUUUUACUGGAGAAGACGGAUCGUAUUUACUGGUUUUGGCCUGAGGACCAUGUCUGUGAGUUAGUGAUCAAAGAUGUCUCAGCUGAGGACUCCGCUAGUAUUAUGGUCAAAGCUAUGAACGUUGUUGGUGAGGCAUCAAGCCAUGCCUUCUUACUGGUUCAAGCCAAACAAGUUUUAUCUUUUACUCAAACGCUGGAGGAUGUCCAUGCAAAAGAGAAAGACACAAUGAUGACCUUUGAGUGUGAGACAAAUGAACCAUUUGUCAAGGUCAAAUGGUUGAAGAACAAUGCCGAAAUUUUCUCUGGAGAUAAAUAUAGGAUGCACUCGGACAGAAAAGUGCAUUUCCUUUCUGUGCUGACAAUCGGCAUGGACGAUGAAGCGGAGUACACGUGUGCUAUAGUUGACGAUGAUCACAUAAGCACCACCGCCAAACUUCAUGUUGAAGCUGCACCACUGGAAAUUGUUAAACAUUUGGAGAGCAUUGAAGUGCCUGAGACAUACGCCGGAGAGUUUGAGUGCGAACUGUCCCGCGAAGAUGCUGAGGGUACAUGGUACUUUGAGAACAAAGUAAUUACCCCAAGCUUAAAAUAUGUUGUGUCAUCCCGUCGUGGCCGACACAGUCUAUCGGUAAGAGAUGUCAAGAAGGAGGACCAGGGAAAAUAUACUUUCAAAGUGGGUGAUCUGACAACGGGUGCCACACUAAAGAUGCAAUUGCGUCCAGUAACUCUGAUGCAAGGGCUCUCUGACUUGACACUUUGCGAGGGUGAUAUAGCCCAAAUGGAGGUGCGAUUCUCACAGGAAAACGUGGAAGGAAGUUGGAUGAAAAAUAGCCUGCCUCUUUCUGCCUCUGAUAGAGUUCACAUUGUCAUUGACAAACUUGUCCACAAAGUUCUGAUUGAAAAUGUCAACAGGGACGAUGCUGGAAUAUAUUCAUUUAGUGUUCCGGCUCAGUAUAUUACUACAAGUGGAAAACUGACUGUUCAGACAAUCGAAAUUGUAAAUCCUCUUAAGGAUGUCCACACCAUUGAGGGUACAAAGGCCGUGCUAGAAGCUAAAAUCUCUGCCCCUGAUGUUAGCUCUGUGAAAUGGUACCAGAAUGACAAGCCUAUCGUACCUAGUGAGAGAGUCCAGAUGGUUGCCAAAGGGUCCAAACAGAGGCUGGUUUUCAGCAGGUCAUUUGCUUCUGAUGAAGGACACUAUAGGCUGGCAGUUGGCAAAGUGGAAACAUCUUGCAACCUGUCUGUUGAGACGGUCGACAUCGUCAAGCAUAUGCAGGACUGUGUAUGCACAGAAACUCAGAAUGUUACUUUUGAAGUGGAAUUAACCCACAGUGGAAUAGAUGCUUAUUGGACCUUCAAGAAUCAGCCUCUGAAGGCUGGACCCAAAUACAAAAUGGUGUCCAAAGGGAAGCACUAUAGCUUAACCAUCAUUAAUGCCAUGAAGGAUGAAGAGGGCCAGUAUGAAUUUGCAGCGGGUGAAAAGACGUCCAGUGCAAAACUAACUGUGUCAGGAGGCGCUAUAAACAGGCCACUUUGUGAUGUGACUGUGGCAGAAUCACAAACUGCUAUGAUGGAGUGUGAAGUUGCUAAUCCCGAUUCUGAGGGCAGGUGGCUUAAAGAUGGCCACUCCGUUCUCUUUGGUGAAUAUGUUAAAAGCGAGGAUAAAGGUGCAGUGCGCCGGCUUAUCUUUGUGAGCACAAGACCACAAGAUAUUGGAGAGUACACUUAUCAAGUGGCAAACUCCAAAACAUCCGCCAACCUUAGGGUUGAAGCUGUGAAGAUUAAGAAGACAUUGAAAAACCAAACAGUUACUGAAACACAAGAGGCAGUAUUCAGUCUUGAACUCACCCAUUUAGACGUCAAAGGAUCCCAGUGGAUCAAGAAUGGUGUAGAAAUUGUUCCCAGUGAUAAAUAUGAGAUAACCGUAGAGGGCGUUGUGCACACCCUGAAGAUCAAGGACUGCAACACCCAAGAUGAAUCAGUCUAUGGAUUUAAACUUGGAAAGCUGACUGCAAACGCUAGACUGAAUGUUGAAAGUAUUAAGAUUGUGAAGAGACCAAAAGAUGUGACCUCCCUGCUGAAUACAACAGCCUCAUUUGAACUGAGUUUAUCCCAUGAUGGCAUACCGGUUAAAUGGAUGUUCAAAAACCAAGAGCUUAAACCAAGUGCCAAUAUUCAAAUCUUGUCAGAAAGGAAAGCGCACAAGUUGGUCAUUCAGAAUGUUGAAGAAGUCGAUGCUGGAGAAUACACAGCUGUUGUUGGACAUUUGCAGUGCAGUGCAUAUUUACAUGUUGAAUCUUUGAGAGUCACAAAGCCCCUAAAGGACCUUGAGAUUCCCGAGACCCAUGUGGCCACAUUCGAGUGUGAAGUUUCACAUUUCAAUGUCCCAUCCACCUGGCUGAAGAAUGGGGUUGAGAUUGAGAUGAGCGAGAAGUUCAGGAUUGUGGUGCAGGGCAAACUGCAUCAGCUGAAGAUCAUGAACACCAGCCGAGAUGACUCUGCAGAAUACACAUUUGUGUGUGGAAAUGACAAAGUUUCUGCCACGCUGACAGUUAACCCUCUCCUUAUCACAUCUAUGCUCAAAGACCUGAAUGCACAGGAGAAAGACACAAUCACAUUUGAGGUGACUGUUAACUAUGAAGGCAUCACUUACAAAUGGCUGAAGAAUGGAAUAGAAAUCCGAUCCAGCGAUAGAUGCCAAACUCGGACUAAACAGUUUAGUCACUCUCUAACUAUCCGUAACGUACACUUUGGGGAUGUCGGAGAGUACACGUUUGUGGCCGGAUCUGCUGCAACUUCAGCAAAGCUAUUUGUUGAAGCUCGUGUUAUUGAGUUCACUAAGCAUAUCAAAGACAUAAAGAUUACUGAGAAGAAGAAGGCUGUUUUCGAAUGUGAGCUGUCCGAGCCCAACGUCAUAGUAACAUGGAUGAAAGAUGGUCAGGAACUUGAAUUAUCUGAAAGGCACAAAGUCACCACAGAAAAACAUAUACAUCGUCUGAUGAUCCAAACCGUGCGUAUGUCAGAUGCUGGUGAAUACUCUGUGGUAGCUGGCGCAAGCAUUUCAAAGGCCAACCUUACAGUUGAGGGGAAGGAUGUGCGUAUUAGUGAACCUGCACAGAAGACAAUCACUGUGCUUGAGAAACAAAGAGCUACCAUUGAGUUUGAGGUCAGUGAGGAAGACAUCGAGGGUCGUUGGCUGAGAAAUGGAGUUGAGAUACAGUUUUCUCUCGAGCCGCGUUUCAACUAUGCGAUUAUAAGAAAAGUUCAUCGCCUUACAAUCACAGAGAGCUACAGGAGCGAUGCAGGACCAUAUACAUUUAUUGCUGGAAAGAACAGAAGUGUGGUGAACCUGAUUGUUAACAUCCCUGAGCCUCCUCAGAUUGUCAGAGACAUGGAGCCACUAUCUGUUGAGGCUGGCAAGCCUGCACGUUUCUCCGUGGUGGUGACAGGAACCCCUCAACCUCAGGUAUCCUGGUACAAGAACUCUCAGGCUCUGUCCUCUGGGUUCAAGUGUAAGUUCCUGAGGGAUGCCACUGAGUACACAUUGCUCCUCAUUGAAGUCUUCCCAGAAGAUGCAGCUCUGUACACCUGUGAAGCUAAGAAUGACUAUGGAGAAGCCACAAGCUCUGCUUCGCUUGAUGUGGAAGUUCCAGAAGUGGUUUCUCCUGAAGCCGGAGCACCCCUUUCACCACCUGUGGUAAUAUCACCAAUACGCAGUACUUCUGUCAACGAAGGAGAACCUGCUAGGUUCCAGUGUCGUGUCUCAGGGGAAGAUCUGACGAUUACUUGGUAUUGCAAAGACAAAGAGAUCAAGCAGUCGGACAUAUUCCGAGUGUCCCAGUUCAAUGACAACUGUCAGCUGGAGAUUGCCAGAGUUUAUCCUGAGGAUGAGGGCGAGUACACGUGUGUUGCUCGUAAUUCUGCAGGAAUGGUCUCGUGCUCUGCUGGACUGAAAGUGAAUGUUACAAAAGUGCGAGAAGAUAUUGAAGAAGAAGUCAAAGUGCCACCUGUUUUCAGGCAAAAAAUCCAAAAUCUGGAGGUCAGUGUUGGCAGCCCUGCAAAGUUUCAGUGUGAGAUCGAUGAGGCUCCAGGAGUAACAUUCAAGUGGUUCAAAUCUGGUUCUGAGAUUAGAGAUAGUGACAAAUUCAGGAUUAUCAGCUAUCAUUACACUUCAUCUCUGGAGCUCUUGAGCCCAUCAGUGGCUGAAAUUGGAGAAUUUACCUGCAAAGCUUCAAACCGGCAUGGAACUGACAGCUGUUCUGCUAGGCUAAGCGUGACAGAGAUGUUCCCACCAGAGUUUGUAUCGAAGCCAGAUUCGAUGACUUUAUUUGUGGGCAAGCAAGCGAAAUUUCAGUGUGUUAUUGCAGGUUCCGAACCCAUGACUGUUGUCUGGCACAAAGACAAUAUUGCCAUUUCACUUGAUGAUCACUACAAAGCAUCCACUGACAAAAACAAGUAUUGUCUUGAAAUCUUGAAUCUACAGCAGAGCGAUCAGGGAACAUACCUUUGCAAAGCCACCAACAGUGUGGGCACAGCUACGUGCUACACUGAACUUUGGGUUGUAGACAAACCCAGCUUUGUGAAGAGUUUUAAGUCGACCACUUUUGCUGUGGGAAACCCACUACGCCUUGAGUGUCAAGUAGACGAAGAUACAGGUGUGACUGUCGUCUGGAUGAGGGAGGGCAAAAAACUCCAUAAUACAAUGGAUUGUAAACUAUCUUUUGAGGAAAAAGUUGCUAGUCUUGAAAUUCCAAAGGCCAAACUGAAAGACACGGGUGAAUAUACCUGUACUGCUGCAAAUGAUGCAGGAAGCAGCAGUUGCUCUUCUGUUGUAACAGUUCAAGAACCCCCAGCGUUUGUUAAAAAGUUGGAGCCUAAGAUCUUAUGGAAGCAAGGAAUCUUAGCACGUCUUUCAUGUACUGUUAAAGGAUCACCUGAACUCCAUGUGACUUGGUUUUUGAAUGACAAGCCACUUAGUUCUUCUGAAAAACACAAAAUCACUUUUAAAAAUGGUCAAGCCACUCUUGAAAUUACUAACUUGUCUGAGUCUGAUAGUGGAAAUUACACUUGUGAAGUGAUGAAUGAGGCUGGCUGUGAAAGCUGUAGCAGUCAAGUAACUGUAAAAGAACCUCCUGCCUUUAAAAAGGAAUUGCAUAUGGUGGAGGUUGUCAAGGGGUGCACAGCCCUGCUUGAAUGUGAAGUUACAGGAACUGCUCCAUUUGAAGUGACCUGGUUUAAGAGUAAAAAUCCAGUAUCCAAUGAUAAGAAGUACAAUAUUGUAUCAAAGGACACAGUUACAUAUUUGGAAAUCAAAUCAUUUGAAACUGCUGAUGUUGGAGACUACCAGUGCAGCAUUUCCAAUGAUGUUGGUAAAAUUACUACAAAAGCAGUAGUGAAACUGAAAGACCCACCAUCUUUUGUAAAGAAAAUUGAGAACACAACUGCAGUUUUGGGCAGCGGUGUAAAACUGCAGGGAUCUCUUAAGGGUUCUGCGCCCAUUGCAGUUCAAUGGUUCAAAGACUCUGAGCUACUUAGAAAUGAUGAUCCUAAUAUAACCACAUCUUUUGAAAACAACAUUGUUAUUUUGGCAAUAGCAAAUGUUGCCAUAAAUCAUGGUGGAAAAUAUACUUGUCAAGCUGAAAAUGAGGCUGGAAAACAGAAAUGCGAGGCCACCAUAUUAGUUCAAGAACCAGCUAGGUUUGUUGAGAAACCACCAUCCAUCAGCGUAACCGCAGGGGACACUGCGACUCUGGAGUGCACAGUUUCAGGAAGUCCAGAUCUCAAAGUAAAAUGGUUAAAAGAUGGCAAAGAGGUUACAGGGAGCCGAAAAUACAAAAUCUCCUUUAAAGACAAUGUAGCAGUGUUCAAAAUUCUCUCGGCAGAGAGGGGAGAUAGUUCUGAAUACAAAGUUGAAGUUUCAAAUCGUGUUGGAAAGGAGCAAUGCUCUUGCUCGAUCAGUAUUCUUGAUAAAAUCAUUCCUCCAACUUUUACAAAAGCUCUUAAAAAGGUAGAUGGUAAUGUUGGGGGCAGUAUUCUGAUGGAAUGCAAGGUGUCAGGAUCCCAGCCCAUAAGAAUAUCUUGGUUCAAAGAGGGCAAAGAAAUUACAACUGGAACAAAAUAUCAAAUUGAACAGCAUGAAAGCACUGCUGUACUGAAAAUAGCUGAUUUAGAGACAUCAGAUGCUGGGGUUUUCACAUGCCAUGCAACUAAUCCUGCAGGACACAGUGAAACAAGUGGAACUGUUUCUGUUAAAGAACCCCCAGUCUUCACCCUGACACCUCAAUCCCAAGAUGUUGUACCGGGAUCUACAGUUGUCCUGAAAGCUGCUUUCAUUGGGACAGCACCUUUUGUUAUUAAAUGGUUCAGAGAAGAUAAAGAAAUGUUAACUGGAGGAACUUGUUUCAUCAAGAAAGAAACCAACUCAAGUUUUAUGGAGCUACAUUCUGUGAAGCCAUCUCAUUCUGCGCAAUACACAUGCCAGGUGUCAAAUGAUGCUGGAAAGGUGUCAUGCACCGCUACUUUAUUUGUAAAAGAACCUCCCAAAUUUGUGAUGAAGCUUGACUUGACUAAACUAGUAUUAAGUGGGAGUCUUGCAACUUUGGAAUGUAAAGUGACUGGCAGCCCAGAGAUCAUUGUUAGAUGGUUUAAGAAUGAGAGUGAAAUCAGUUCAAAUGACAAAUACCAAAUGACCUUCAUUGACUCAGUUGCUACACUAAAGAUUGCCCAUUGCUGUGUUGAAGACAGUGGAGAUUUUAUUUGCCAAGCAUCAAGUGAAGCUGGCAGCGAUAGGUGUAGUUGCUUGGUUACAGUCAAAGAACCUCCUGCAUUUCUGAAACCUUUUGAAUCCAAAGAAAUUGUUAAGGGCACCGAUGUUGUGUUGGAAGGAAUGUUGUCAGGCUCAGCUCCCUUCGAGAUAUCCUGUUUCAAAGACUCAAAGCAGAUUCGAAAUGAUAGGAGGCACAUCAUAAGCCUGACAAAUGAUGUAGCAAACCUUCAGAUUCUGAAAUUUGAACCUGCAGAUGCUGGCAAAUAUCAGUGCACUGUAGCAAAUGAAGUAGGGCAGACCUCGUGUGAUUUUCAUGUUGCAAUGAAAGAGCCACCAUCAUUUGUGCAGAAGAUGGAUAAUACAGAUGUCAUUCUUGGCGGAGACAUUUCCUUACAGUGUGUUCUGAAAGGGUCAUUGCCCAUGACCGUCUCUUGGAUGAAAGAUGACCACGAGAUCGAAGAAUCUGAGCAUGUUCAGAUAUCAUUCGAGAACCUCAUCGCAGUGGUACACAUUUCUGGUGUACAGUUAAAACAUGGUGGAAAGUAUACUUGCCAAGCUCAGAAUGAAGCUGGUAGUCAGAAAUGUACCGCAGUACUGGGGGUAAAAGAGCCCGCAAACAUCACAGAGCAAGCCAAGUCUCUUAGUGUCACAGUAGGUGAUCCUGCAACUCUUGAGUGCAGGUACUCUGGUUCCAAAGUUCUUAAAGCAAAAUGGCUAAAGGAUGGAAAGGAGUUGACAUCAGGCAGAAAAUACAAAGUACAGAGUACCGAUACAAAGUCCACAUUAAAAUUACUUGCUACCGAGAGGAGUGAUGCUGGAGAAUAUAUAUUUGAGGUUUCAAAUGAUGCUGGAAGCAGCAAAUGUGAGGCCGUUGUGACUGUUUUAGAUCAAAUAAUCAAGCCUUCUUUCACAAGAAAAUUGAAGGCAACGGAAAGUAUAAAAGGAUCUUUUACACAGCUGGAGUGUCUGGUCUCUGGAUCUCUUCCUAUAACUCUCACUUGGUUCAAGGAAAACAAGGAGAUACAGACUGAUGAGAAACACAAAUGCAUUUUCUUUGAGAACGCAGCGUCUUUGGAAAUAAGUCAUCUUGAUAGCUCAGACAGUGGCAGUUAUACCUGUAUUGCUAAAAACCAGGCAGGCACUGCCCAGUGUUCAGCAACGCUGAUUGUUAAAGAACCUCCUUCAAUCAUCGAAAGACCUGAAUCACAAGAUGUUAUACCUGGAUCCAAAGUGCAGUUUAAUGUGCUCCUGUCUGGAACACCUCCCCUGACCAUUAAAUGGUUUAAAAAUAAGAAAGAAGUCUCAUCUGGAAUUGACUGUUCAAUUCAGAAAGCGGACACAUCCAGCUCACUUGAGCUCUUUUUUGCUAAGCCCUCAGACUCUGGAGAAUAUGUCUGUGAAAUAAGUAAUGAUGUCGGAUCAGAUGCUUGCCAAGCAACACUCUUCGUAAAAGAACCUCCCAAAUUUACCCGCAAGCCUGAAAAAAUGUCAGUGGUAAAACCUGGUCAACUAGUAGUUUUUGAAUGCCAGGUUACAGGCACUCCAGAAAUAGACACAUACUGGUUCAGAGAUGGGAAUGAAAUAAGUCAGAGUGACAAGCAUAAAAUUACUUUUAUUGAUUCUCUGGCACGGCUUGAGAUAAGCAACAGCGAUAUCAAAGACAGUGGGGUUUACUACUGUGAAGCACGUAAUGACGCAGGGAGUGAGAGCUGUAGUAUGGAGCUAAGAGUGAAAGAGCCACCAGCUUUUGUAAAGUUGUUAAGUCCUCUUGAGGUUGUGAAUGGCUCCAAUGCAUAUUUUGAAUGUCGGGUGAAAGGAACAGCUCCUUUCGAAGUCACCUGGCAAAAGGAUUCAAACGACAUUAAAUCGAGCCACAAACAUGUCAUUUUGCAGAAAAAUGGCUCCAUAAUGACUCUUGAUGUGCAAAAAUGUGGUGCUUUAGAUGUUGGAGAAUAUCAGUGCAUUGUUGCAAACGAAGUUGGGAGUUGUUCAAGUCAGACUACGCUCAGCAUCAAAGAGCCUCCAUCAUUUGUGGAAAGGAUUGAGAACGUUGUCACAGUUCUUGGAAAAGUGGCUGAGUUUAAAUGUGUUGUGAGAGGUUCACCAACUCUGACCAUACAAUGGCAGAAAGAUGAAAACUGGAUCAUGGAGGAUCCUAAAAUUGAGAGGACUUUCGAGAACAAUAUAGCCACUCUGAGAAUCCCUGUGUGUGAGUCCAUCCACAGUGGAAGAUACACUUGUCAGGUUGUGAAUGAGGCAGGACAAGAGAAGUGUUUUGCUACCCUUCUGGUGCAAGAGCCUCCUCAGAUAAUUGAGAAGCCAGAGGUGAUUAAUGUCACUGUUGGAGACCCGGUCAGUUUUGAGUGCAAAGUCACAGGCUCUCCUGAGCUGAAAGUGAAAUGGAGUAAAGAUGGCGAAGAAGUGGUGCCAUCAAGACAGCACAGCCUCAGCUUUGUCAAGAACGUUAGCCAACUUAAAAUUCAGUCUGUCCAAUUGGAGGAUAAAGGAACUUAUGACUUUGAGGUUUCCAACCACAUAAGUGCCUGUCAAUGCAAAAUGACCUUAAAUGUCUUAGAACAAAUAAUUCCCCCAUCCUUCAUCAAACCUCUGGUGGAGAUGGAGGAAAUUUUAGGAACAAAUGUUCAAAUUGGAUGUAAAAUAUCAGGCUCGCUCCCCAUUACUGUGGAGUGGGUAAAGGAUGGAACUAAACUUUCUGGAAGAACCAAGCAUAAGCUGCUUCAAGAUGGAAGCAGUGUGUCUUUGGAUAUUGAGUGUUUGGAGAAAGCUGACACUGGAACUUACACUUGCAAACUUACUAACAAAGCAGGCAGUUGUGAAUGCAGUGGUACACUGAGGGUGAAAGAACCACCAAGCUUUGUGCUGGUUCCAGAACCACAGGCUGUCAUACCAAAUACCACUGUUCGUUUUAAGAGUACUUUUAAAGGAACGCCUCCCUUCACAGUAAAGUGGUUCAAAGAUGACACUGAGCUGAUCUGUGGACCAUCCUGUUUCACUGGUCUGGAAGGCCUCUCAUGCUUUCUAGAUCUUUUUGCCGUUGGAAUUUCGCACAGCGGAACUUACUCUUGCCAAAUUACCAAUGAUGCUGGUACCUGUAAAUGUACCACAACCUUAUUAGUAAAAGAACCUCCAGAGUUUGUACAGAAACUGCCAGCUGCAAAAGUCAUAAAGAUGGAGGAGUCACUCCAGCUUGAAUGCAAAGUAACUGGCACAGCUCCUCUGAAAAUUAGCUGGUACAAAAAUGAUGCUCUGCUCAGUGAUGGUGGCAACUUGAGAAUGGCCUUUGAUGGCUCAGCGGCAAUCCUUGAGAUUUUGGGGUCCAGCUUUGAGGAUAGUGGAGUCUACACCUGUGAAGCCCAGAAUGAUGCUGGAACAAAGAGUUGUAGCACCACAUUCACAGUUAAAGAACCACCAGUUUUCCACAAAAAACCAACGCCAGUCGAGGGGCUAAAGGGCAAAGAUGCCAGUCUCGCCUGUGAGCUGAAAGGCUCAGCACCUUUUGAGAUAAAUUGGUUUAAAGAUAAAGUGCAGUUAAAGGAAAGUAGGAAGUAUAAGUUUGUGUCUGAGGGAGGUUCUUCAACUCUCCACAUUCUUGGCCUAGAGGAUUCAGAUGCAGGGGAAUAUGAGUGCAAGGCAUCAAAUAACGUAGGAAGUGAUGUCUGCCAGGGCACAAUAAAGCUAAGAGAACCACCAGCCUUUGUGAAGAAAUUAUCCAGUACAACAGCCAUCUCUGGUGAGGAGGUGGUUUUGUUGGCUAAGGUCAAGGGGUCUCAGCCCAUGACAGUGUCUUGGGUUCAGGAUAAAGAUCACGUUCUCAGAGAUGGUGAUAACAGGAAAAUUACGUUUGAAAAUAAUGAAAUCACCCUGAGGGUAUUUAAAGCUGACUCUACCACUGCUGGCAAAUACACCUGCCAAAUCAAAAAUGAUGCUGGUGUGGCAGAAUGCACAGCCACCCUAACUGUCCUAGAGCCUGCAGCUAUUGUGGAUAAAACCGAAUCAGUCAGUGUUACAGCCGGUGACUCCGCCACCUUUGAGUGCACUGUAUCUGGAACUCCAGAGCUCCAACCAAAAUGGUACAAGGAUGGUGAGGAGCUGUCUUCAGACAGGAAAUACAAAAUCACCUUCUCAAAAAUGAUCUCCAGUCUUAAGUUCUUGACAACAGAGAAAAGUGAUACUGGGGAAUACACUUUUGAGGUUAAGAAUGAAGUUGCCAGUGAUAGCUGCAAAAUGCAUCUAACUGUUUAUGACAAAAUUGUCCCACCUUCGUUCUCACGAAAACUGAAGGAUACACAGAGUAUAGUUGGCAAAACUAUCGAAAUGGAUUGUAAAGCCUCUGGUUCUGCACCACUCGCCAUCUCUUGGUACCAUAAUGACGAGGAGCUCAAAAGUGGACCAAAUUAUGAGAUUACAUUUGCUGAGAAUACCUGCACAUUGAAAAUGGCAACUUUGAAACUGUCAGACUCGGGCACGUUCAAAUGUAAAGCUGUAAACAGUGCGGGGUCUGCAGAAACAUCUGCUUCUCUGGAUGUUAAAGAACCUCCUUCUUUUGUGACCAUACCUCAACCGGUGGAAGCUCUGCCAGGUACAAAUGUGACUUUUAAAGCAACUGUCGCAGGAAGUACACCAAUGAAACUGAAGUGGUUCAGGGGCAGUACGGAAAUUGUGUCUGGUGAACCUUGUGAGAUCGCUUUGAAAGGAGAUAUUGCGACUCUAGAGCUCUACAACAUUGACAAAUCUCACACUGGCGAGUACACUUGCCAGAUCAUUAAUGAUGCAGGGAAGGAAAAUUGCCCUGUGAACUUGUUCGUUAAAGAGGCUGCGCACUUCGUCAAGAAGCUUAAGAAUGUCUCUGUUGAAAUGAGCAAAUCGCUAAUGCUUGAAUGCACAUAUGCGGGAAGCCCAAAAAUUCUUGUGAAAUGGUAUAAAGACGGCCAGGAGAUUUACUCCUCGUACAACUAUAACAUCACAACAACUGAGAGCUCUUGCAUCCUGGAGUGUCUAAACAGUGACAAAGAGACUGCUGGGAAUUACACUUGUGAGGUUUCCAACGAUGCUGGACACGACACUUGCGAUGCUGCAGUGUCCAUUUUAGAACCCCCUUUCUUUACCGAGAGCUUGGAACCCAUGGACGUAACUGUGGGCGAUGCAGUUUGUCUGAAAUGCCAGAUCAGUGGCACUCCUGAAAUUAAAGUCUCAUGGUUCAAGGCGGAUGGCAAAGUGCGAUCUUCUCCAACCUGCAGGAUGGAAUUUCUGAAAGGCACUGCCUGCUUGAAACUAACUAAGGUUGCGAAAUCUGACGUUGGUGAAUACAAAUGUAAGGCAGAAAACAGUAUAGGAUCUGCCUCUUCCAGCUGCUUCUUAACCGUACAAGAUGUGAAAACACCACCAUCUUUCCCUAAGAAAAUUACUAGCAUUACUCAAACUGAAGGACAGCCUGUCCAGUUUGAAUGUCGUGUAGCAGGAUCCUCCCCUAUGGAAGUGUCUUGGCUCAAAGACGGUGAACCUCUUAGGAGUAGUGCAGAAUACACAAUGACUUUUGAUGAUAACUCUGCUGUCCUAAAGAUAACCAAGGGUGAAAUGAGACAUUCUGGGGAAUAUACUUGUGUCGCAACCAAUAGUGUUGGAACUGCUUCAUGUAGAGCCAAACUUACACUUCAAGAGCCAAGAUAUGCACCUGUAUUUGAUAAAAAGCUAAUGCCUGUAGAGGUCAUGAUGGGAAAUCCUGUUGAAUUGGAGUGCCACAUGACAGGAUCAUUGCCAAUUAAAGUCACUUGGUCCAAGGAUCACAAAGACAUCCGCACAGGCGGCAAUUAUAAGAUAUCUUUUGAGGAAAACACUGCUCAUUUGACAAUUUUGAAGACUGAUAAGAAUGACUCGGGCCGUUACACUUGCCACGCGAGUAAUGAUAUCGGAAAGGACUCUUGUUCCACAGAGGUUUCUGUGAAAGAGCGCAAAAAUCCACCAACUUUUACCAAAAUGCCUUCACCUGUUGAUGACACAGAGGGCAAAAUGGUGAAGCUGGAGGGUCGCGUAGCUGGAUCACAGCCACUGACUGUGAACUGGUAUAAAGACGGCACUGAAAUCUUCACCUCAGACAGUUACGAUGUAACUUUCAAGAACAGCGUGGCUGUGCUGUGCAUCAAGAAAACCCGUGUGCACGAUAGUGGCACAUAUACAUGCAAAGCCACCAAUGAAGCAGGAACAGCUGCUUGUGAAGCAUCUGUUCAUAUUACAGAGCAAAAGGUACCACCAAGCUUUGAUGUACCUCUUAAACCGGUUACUGUGACUCAAGGUGAGCCACUCACCCUUAGCUGCCAUGUACGUGGAUCUCCUCCAUUUAAGAUUCAGUGGCUGAAAGACAGGCGAGAGCUUUCCUCCUCUCCAAGCACCAAAAUCACAUUUGUUGAUGGCACAGCCACAUUGGAGAUGGUCAGUGUAUCUAAGACCGAUACAGGCGAUUAUCUCUGCAAGGCAACCAAUGAUGUUGGUAGUGAGUUCUGCAAGAGUAAAGUCACUAUCAAAGCAAUUACAGAGAAAACAGAAACACCUCCACCGGCCCAGGCAGUGCCUUCACCACCAGUUAAAAAGCUGGACAACUUGUUCUUCAUUGAGGAGCCCAAGAGUCUUCAUAUCGUUGAGAAGGGCACAGCUACCUUUAUUGCCAAAGUUGGUGGGGAUCCCAUUCCCAAUGUUAAAUGGAUGAAGGGCAAAUGGAGGCAGAUGACUCACGGGGGUCGAAUCAACAUUGAACAAAAGGGCCAAGAGGCCAAGCUGCAUAUCAAAGAUGUGACCAAAUCUGACGCUGGCCAGUACCGAUGUGUUGCCUCAAACAAACACGGAGAAAUUGAGUGCAGCACAGACUUAAAUGUUGAAAAGAAGAAAGAGACUGGACCGGAGGUGGUCACACUAAAGAAGACACCAUCAAAGCAGAAAAGCACUCCAGAGGAACAGGAAAUCGACAUUGUUGAGUUGCUUAGAAACGUUGAUCCCAAGGAGUAUGAGAAAUAUGCUCGCAUGUAUGGAAUCACAGACUACCGUGGUAUCCUUCAAGCCAUUGAGUUUUUGAAGAGGGAAAAGGAACAAGAAAGUGGAAGACCGGAAGUGGAACUUAGUGCAAGGGAGUCUGAGGAGGAUUUGGCUAAACUCGUAUCUGAUUUGCAAAAGAGAAUGGAACAAACUGAGCCUGUGACUCUGGUGCGUGACAUCACAGACCAGACAGCAUUCGUUGAGAAGGAUGCUGUGUUUGCAUGUGAGAUCAAGAUUAACUAUCCUGAAAUCACACUGACCUGGUAUAAAGGAACCCAAAAACUCGACAGUAGCGACAAGUAUGAAAUCAAAGUUAUGGGUGAUUGUCACAUCUUGAGGAUCAAAGAUUGCCAGACCAGAGAUCAGGGCAAUUACCGUAUUGUGUGUGGCCCACAUAUCUCCAGUGCCAAACUGACAGUUCUGGAACCUGAAGUGGAAGAGCAUUUGCAAGAUGUGGCUGGUAAGGAAGGCCAAACAUGUACAUUGACAUGCCAAUUCUCUAUACCUAAUGCAAAAACCCAGUGGUUUAAAAAUGGGAAGGUUUUAGAGUCUCACAGCAGCAAAUAUACAUUUGCUGUGGCCGAUUACACUCAGAAGCUCUCAAUCAAAGACGUUAGACCGGAAGACCAAGGAGAAUAUACCUGCAAAUAUAAAAAUCUUGAAACGACUGCAAAUCUUUGGGUCGAAGCUGAGCAAAUACAUUUCACCAAACGCAUCCAGAACAUUGUGGUGCGAGAACAUCAAUCCGCCACAUUUGAGUGUGAAGUGUCUUUCGACAACGCUAUUGUAACAUGGUAUAAGGACACAUGGGAGCUUAAAGAGAGCCCCAAAUAUACCUUCCGAAGUGAAGGACGGCGCCACUUCAUGAUCAUCCGCAACGUAUCUUCCGAAGAUGAAGGCGUGUACUCGGUCAUUGUAAGAUUGGAGCCCAGGGGUGAAGCUAAAAGCACAGCUGAGCUUUAUCUGUCAGGCAAAGAAAUUGAGAUAGAAAGAAUACCGUAUGAUAUCCCAGAUACAUCAAUUAAAGUGCCUGAGGCACCAUCUGCAAUAACCAUGGAAGCUGAAUCUUCUGUGGAGUAUUAUCAUUAUGAAGAAGAAAUGGAAAUGCAAGAAUCUGUGAGCUGGACAGAGGAGAGAAUUAUAGAGGAAAUAUCUGUCACAGAACGAAGGGAGCCGAUUGAAGAGGCUGUCCAAAGAAAGAAAGUAGCAGUGAGAGAAGUAGCUCCAACUAAAGAUUUCGAUGAAGGUGAGGCGAAACCAUCUCCACCAGCAGAGAAAAAACCUCGGGAAGGAAAAAUGCCUGUGGAGGAAAUAGCUACUGCAGUCACAGUACCAGAGCCAAGAGAACGUCCCACACCCAAAGAUAAAGUAGUGACUGAAACAGCUGCUCCUGAAGCUAAACCUAAAGCUGUACCAGUACCUGAGGCUAAGCCUGAACUUAAGCCUACACCUGUGGAGAAAGUCGAAUUACCUCCAGGCAAAGUUCUUGUGGAGGAAAAGAAACCAGAACCCAAAAAGAUAGAACCACCUAAACCAGUACCACCUAAACCUGAAAAAAUCAUUGAAGCUCCAAAGGAACCACCCAAAAAGAAAGUUCUUGUGGAGGAAAAGAAACCAGAACCCAAAAAGGUAGAAACACCUAAACCAGAACCACCUAAACCAGUACCACCUAAACCUGAACAAAUCAUUGAAGCUCCAAAGGAACCACCCCCAAAGAAAGUUCUUGUGGAGGAAAAGAAACCAGAACCCAAAAAGAUAGAACCACCUAAACCAGUACCACCUAAACCUGAACAAAUCAUUGAAGCUCCAAAGGAACCACCCCAAAAGAAAGUUCUUGUGGAGGAAAAGAAACCAGAACCUAAAAAGAUAGAGCCACCUAAACCAGAACCACCUAAACCAGCACCACCUAAACCUGAACAAAUCAUUGAAGCUCCAAAGGAACCACCCCCAAAGAAAGUUCUUGUGGAGGAAAAGAAACCAGAACCCAAAAAGAUAGAACCACCUAAACCAGUACCACCUAAACCUGAACAAAUCAUUGAUGCUCCAAAGGAACCACCCCCAAAGAAAGUUCUUGUGGAGGAAAAGAAACCAGAACCCAAAAAGAUAGAACCACCUAAACCAGUACCACCUAAACCAGUACCACCUAAACCUGAACAAAUCAUUGAAGCUCCAAAGGAACCACCCCCAAAGAAAGUGGCAGAACCAGCAGAACCUAAGAAGAAACCUUUGCCUGAGAAGACACCAGAGCCUCUGAAAAAAGUUCCUCCCGCAGAAGUGGCAAAGAAACCAUCUCUAGAGCCUGCUGCAGUGCCUAAGGAAAAGGCAAUUUCCCCAUUAGAAGCUAAAGAGCGUGAUAAGAAACCUGAGGAUAAACUCAAGCCCAGGGAAGAGAAGAUAAUUCCAACAAAAGUACCUACUCCCAAGGAGGCUGAGAAAGCACCUCCCGCUCCAAAGAAAGAGCCAGUACCACCAGUGGAAGAUGGUGAAAAGGAACCAGUUACUGCACCUGGAGUAAAGAAAGAUGAAAAACCUACGGAGGAAGUUGGGAAAGGCAGAGGCUUGAAACCAAAAAAGACUCCUUCUCCCGGUGAAGCUGGAAAGGGUAGAGGACUGAAAAUGGGAAAAGGAGGUGAAAAACCAUCACCAGAAGCACCAGUGGGAUUCCAGCUCAAACCAGUCCCAUUAAAAUUUGUGAAGGAGGUUAAAGAUAUUGUGUUGGAGGAGGCCGAGUCAAUCGGAUCCUCAGCUGUAUUUGAAUGUCAAGUCUCUCCAUCUACGGCUAUCACCACUUGGAUGAAAGAUGGAAGCAAUCUAAGGGAGAGUCCAAAACACAAAUUUACCUCUGAUGGGAAAGACCGCAAACUGCAAAUCAUUGAUGUACAGCUGUCUGAUACUGGAGAGUACACAUGUGUUGCAAAGCUUGGCAACAAAGAGAAGACCUCUACUGCUAAACUUAUUGUUAAAGAGUUACCUGUGAGAUUCACAAAGAAUCUGGAGGAGGAAAUAACUGUGAUUAAGGGGCAGCCAAUGUAUCUGACCUGUGAGUUAAGCAAGGACAGGGAUGUUGUCUGGAAGAAGGAUGGAAAUGAGCUCAAGGAGGUCGAUGGCAAGGUUGCAAUAAAUGUUAUCGGGCUGACGCGUGCCGUUACAGUCCAGAAUUCAAAUGAUGAUGAUGCUGGCGUUUACGUUUGCGAGUGCGAGAACAUUAGGACACAAGUCACUGUCAAGAUCAUCGAAGUGAUCAGAGAUUGGUUGACGAGACCUUUGAGGGAUCAGCAUGUGAAGCCCAAGGCCACAGCUACAUUCAAGGGAGAACUGUUCAAGGACACUCCCAACUGGAAGUGGUAUAAGGGUGAUGAAGAAAUCCCAAUGGCACCUACAGAUAAGUUUGAGGUCAAGAAGGAUGGAAAAGAGGUCACUCUUACAAUCAAGAAUGCUCAACCCGAUGAUAUCGGAGAGUACGCCAUAGAAGUUGAAGGUCGCAGAUAUGCAGCAAAACUCACUCUUGGAGAGCGUGAAGCAGAAAUCUUGAAGCCACUUGUUAGUAUUGAGGUGGUUGAGAAAGAGGUGGCCAAUUUUGACACGGAAAUUUCUGAAGAUGACGUGGUUGGAGAAUGGAAACUUAGAGGACAGGUUCUGACAAGAUCACCGACAUGCGAUAUCAGAGCAGAGGGAAAUAAAAGAUUCCUUACAUUGAAAAAUGUUCAACUUGACCAAGCCGGUGAAGUCUCUUACCAAGCUUUGAACGCCAUCACAACUGCAAUGCUGACAGUCAAAGAAAUUGAAAUGGACUUCACAGUCCCAUUGAGGGAUGUUACUGUGCCUGAAAAGAAACAGGCGAAAUUUGAGUGCACUAUCACAAAAGAUGUGCCCAAAGUGAUGUGGUCGAGAGGAUCUCAUAUUAUAACACCCGACCAAAAAUAUGAUAUCAUAGAUGAUGGAAAGAAACAUAUGUUGGUCAUAAACCACUGUGAAUUUGAUGAUGAGGGAGAUUACACUAUUGAGGUGUUGUGUAAAAAAUCAACAGCCAAACUAACAGUUGAGGGUAUUCGGCUGAAGAUCAUCUCGCCAAUAUCGGAUCAAACGGUUAAGGAAGGUACAACGGCUCGGUUUGAGCUUGAGCUCUCUCAUGAAAACAUACCAGUGACGUGGUACAAAAAUGAAACGAAACUGCAUCCGAGCAGAACUAUACUUGCUCAUGUGGAUGGAAAGAAACAUAUUUUAGAAAUCAAGGAUGUCACUCUAGAUGACACUUGCCUAAUAAAAGCAGAGGCUAAAGGAAUACCAACAACAGCAAACCUAACGGUGCUAGAGGGAGACGCAUACUUCACAGUUAAACUGCAAGAUUACACCGCAGUGGAGAAAGAUGACGUCACGCUUGACUGCGAGCUGAGCAAAGACGUUCCCGUAAAGUGGUUUUACAAUGAAACCGAAAUUAAAGCCUCCAAAAAGGUUACCAUGAAAGUUGAUGGCAAGCGAAGAAUCCUUAACAUUAAGAAAGUUGACGACAAAGACAAAGGCCAGUAUGCUUGUGACUGUGGGACAGAUAAAACGGCGGCCACCAUUGCCAUUGAAGCUCGUGACAUCAAAGUUGUGCGACCUAUGUAUGGCGUUGAGCUCUUUGAUGGUGAGACUGCUCGUUUUGAGGUGGAACUGUCAGAGGAUGAUGUCCAUGGCCAGUGGAAGCUGAAGGGAGAAGUCCUUUUCCCAUCACCUGAUGUUGAAAUUAUUGAGGACGGUGCUAAGCACACCUUAAUUUUGUACAAUUGCAAAAUACCUCAAACUGGAGAGGUUACAUUCCAGGGUGCAAAUGCAAAAUGUGCUGCCAAUCUAAAAGUGAAAGAGCUUCCAAUCACCUUCAUAACACCUCUGACUGAUGUGCAUGUAUAUGAGAAGGAUGAGGCAAAGUUCGAGUGUGAGGUCUCAAGACAGCCAAAGACUUUCCGUUGGUUGAAAGGAUCUCAGGAGCUUACGACUGAUGAUAAAUUUGAGAUACUUCAAGAGGGGAAAAGAUAUACCUUGUUGAUUAAAUCUGCAGCUUAUGAAGAUGAGGCUAAGUACAUGUUUGAAGCUGAAGACAAGAGGACAUCUGCCAAACUUGUUAUCCAAGGCAUCCGCCUCGAGUUUAUCAGACCUAUCAAAGAUGUCACCGUAAAAGAACGCGAGACAGCUGAGUUUAGAAUUGAACUCUCCCAUGAGAAGGUUCAGGUCACCUGGUACAAGAACGAUGUGCGUCUGCAUCCAAGCAAAGUGGUGCACUUGUCCGAAGAUGGCAAGAUCCAUACACUGUCCUUCAAAGAGGUCUCCAUCGAUGACACUUCUCUUAUUAAAGCUGAGGCUCUUGGAAAGACCUGUGAGGCAAUGCUUACUGUUCUUGAGGGAGAGCCUUACUUCACCAAAAAGUUGCAGGACUACACUGCCGUUGAGAGGGAUGAGGUGGUCCUGACAUGUGAAUUAAGCAAAUCUGCUGCUGAGGUGAAAUGGUUCAAAGACGGCAAGGAGAUCACUCCCUCUAAGAACAUCCUUAUCAAAGCUGAUGGAAAGAAACGCAUCCUGACUGUCAGGAGGGCCGAAAAGGGCAAUAUUGGGGAAUAUGUGUGUGACUGUGGCUCAGACAAAACAGCAGCCAAGCUUAAUAUCGAAGAACGUGACAUCAAGAUUGUCCGUCCGCUGUACAGCGUUGAGGUCACAGAGACCGAAACCGCUCGCUUUGAGACAGAAAUUUCUGAGGAGGACGUCCAUGGAAACUGGAAACUCAAAGGAGAGGCUCUGCACCAGUCACCGGACUGCGAAAUUAAGGAGGAAGGCACCAAGCACAUGCUUAUACUUUACAAUGUGCGCAUGGACAUGGCUGGUACUGUGGACUUCAGCGCUGCUAACGCUAAAUCUAGGGCUCAGCUUAGAGUUAAAGCACGAGUGAUAGGCCUCCUCAGGCCUCUCAGGGAUGUAACCGUCACAGCGGGAGAGACUGCAACCUUUGACUGCGAUCUGUCCUAUGAGGGCAUACCUGUGGAAUGGUUCUUAGGGGGUACAAAGCUGGAACCAAGCGACAGAGUGGUGACCCGAGCAGAAGGCAAAACUCACACGCUGACCCUCAGAGAUGUGAAGCUGGAGGAGGCCGGAGAAGUAAAGCUUACUGCAAAAGACUACACACAGGCACAGCUCAAUGUUAACGAGCCUCCAGUUGAAUUCACCAAACCUCUUGAAGACCAGACCGUAGAAGAAGAAGCCACUGCUGAGCUAGAGUGUGAAGUCUCCAGAGAAAACGCAGAGGUCAGGUGGUUUAGAGAUGGACAAGAAAUACGCAAAACUAAGAAGUAUGACAUGGUCGCAGACGGCCGCAAAAGAAAACUUAUUAUCCACAACUGCACACUUGAUGACUCAAAGACGUAUACCUGCGAUGCUCUGCAGUUCAAGACUUCAGCCUUCCUUAAUGUCGAACCUCCACAUGUCGAGUUCACAAAACCACUUCAUGAUGUUGAGGUCAAAGAGAAGGAAACGGCAAGAUUUGAAUGCGAAGUGUCUCGUGAAAGUGCAAAGGUUCGGUGGUUCAAAGAUGGCAAUGAAAUCAGAAAAGGCAAGAAAUAUGAGAUCAUUUCGGACGGAGUGAAACGUAUUCUCAUCAUAAGCAAGUCCGUGUUUGAUGACGAGGCAGAAUAUGAAUGCGAUGCCAGGACCUCCAAAACUUCUGGCAUGCUGACUGUCAUUGAGGAGGAGGCUAGAUUCACAAAGAACCUGGCUAAUGUUGAGGGCACCGAAACCGACAGUGUCAAACUGGUUUGUGAGGUCUCCAAGCCAGAUGCAGAAGUCACAUGGUACAAGGGUGACAAAGAGUUGCCUGAGGUUGGUAGAUAUGAACAUAUUGCUGAUGGCAAAAAGAGGAUUCUCAUCAUUAAGGGCCUCCGUAUGGAAGACGCAGGAGAAUACCACUGCAAACUGCCCACCUCACAAACCACAGGAAACCUGAAGAUUAAUGAACUUGCAGCUGAGUUCAUCACAAGGCCUCAAAGCCAAGAGGUGGUUGAAGGUGAAAAAGCAGAAUUUGUGUGCUCGGUCUCCAAGGACACUUAUGAAGUGAAAUGGCUCAAGGGUGACAAGGAGCUUCAGGCAGAUGACAAAUAUAACAUUAUUUCCGAUGGCAAGAAGCGGGUUCUUGUCGUCAAGAACUGUGAGCUCAAGGAUGAGGGAGGCUUCAUAGCUGCCAUCGGAACUACAAGAGCCUCGGCCGACUUGACUGUACUCGAAAAGCUUAGGAUUAUUACCCCACUCAAGGACUUAAAGGCAAGUGAAGGACAGGAGACUGUCCUCAAUUGUGAAGUUAACACGGAGGGGGCCAAAGCCAAGUGGCUGAAGAAUGAAGAGACAUUAUUUGAAAGUAGCAAGUUUAUUAUGGUCCAGAAAGACAAUGUAUUUUCUCUGAGGAUCAAAGAUACCCAAAAAACAGAUGAGGCCAACUACACCAUUAUGCUGAGCAACCAGCGCGGUGAACAUGUAAAGAGCUCCGGCACCAUUAGUGUGCAAGAGGUAGAUCUCAGGAUUGUUGUUCCUCCCGAGGAUGUUGAUACACAGGAGAAACGGACGAUCAGCUUCUCAUGCAAGGUGAACAAACUAAACGCGACGGUGCAGUGGAUGAAGGCAGGCCAAGAAAUUGUUCUUAGCAAGAGAAUUGUGUAUCGCGUGGACAAAGAAAAACACACUCUGACCAUUAAAGACUGCAGCCUCGCAGAUGAGGGUGACUACACCGUAGUUGCUGGAGCUGAUAAGGCCACAGCAGAACUUAUCAUCAGCGAGGCACCCACCGACUUCACCUCUCACCUCAGAGACCAAACCAUUCCCGAGUUUGAAGAUGCAGAGUUCACAUGUGAACUUACCAAAGAGAAGGCUGAAAUCAAAUGGUACAGAGAUGGCAGAGAGAUUAGAGAAGGACCCAAAUAUCAAUUUGAGAGAGAAGGAAAGACAUGCAGACUGCGCAUCAAGGAGUGCAGACCCGAUGAUGAGUGUGAAUAUGCCUGUGGAGUGGAUGACAAAAAAUCCAGAGCCCGUCUCUUUGUUGAGGAGACCCCAGUGGAGAUCAUCAGACCGCCCACAGAUGUGUUUGAGCCCCCAGGCUCAGAUGUUGUGUAUGAAGUUGAGCUUAACAAAGACAGAGUUGAGGUCAGAUGGCUGAGGAACAACAUGACCAUUGUUCAAGGUGAUAAGUAUCAGAUGAUGAGCGAGGGUAAAAUUCACAGACUUCAGGUCUGCGAAAUUAGGCCACGCGAUCAAGGAGAGUACAGAGUCAUUGCCAGAGACAAAGAUGCCAAAGCCAGGCUUGAGCUCGCUGCUGUACCAACAAUUAAAACCUUGGAUCAAGACUUGGUGACAGAUGCUGGAAAGCCAUUUGUUAUGACUGUUCCCUACAACGCAUACCCACAUGCUGAGGCUGAAUGGUUCUUUGACGGUAUCAGUUUGCCCAAAGAAAAUAUUCACACUUUGACCGACACGACAGAGUAUAGGCUCAAGGACCCUAAGAAGUCAGAAGAAGGCCGUUAUAAAAUCAUCAUCAAGAAUAAACAUGGAAAAGGAGAGGCUUUCAUUAACCUUAAAGUUGUUGAUGUUCCUGGGCCCGUAAAGAACCUGCAGGUUGUCGACACCGCUGAUGGUGAGGUCAGCAUUGCCUGGGAAGAGCCGGAAGAUGAUGGCGGCAGCAAGAUCUUGGCUUACGUGGUUGAGAGACGGGAUGUCAAACGCAAGACUUGGACAAUGGCCACCGACAGUGCAGACAGCACAGAGUAUUGUGUGACUGGACUGCAGAAAGAAUCCAUGUACCUCUUCCGUGUCUGUGCACGCAACAGAGUUGGCAGUGGCCCCACUGUUGAGACUGAUGAACCUGUUCAGGCUAAGAACAAAUUUGAUGUUCCUGGCCCACCACAAAACGUUCUCGUUGGAAACGUCAACAAGUUUGGUGCCACCGUGUCCUGGGAACCCCCUCUGUACGAUGGCGGAUCUGAGAUCACAUCGUACAUUAUUGAGCUCCGCGACAGAACGUCUGUGAGUUGGGCUCCCGUCAUGGUGACCAAACCACACGAACUCACAGCUAUCGUUAACGAUGUCAUUGAAAAUAAAGAAUAUAUAUUCCGCAUCAAAGCUGAAAACAGAGCUGGAAUUGGCAAGCCAAGUGCUGCUUCUAACCCAGUGAAGAUUAUGGACCCCAUUGAGAGGCCAAGUCCUCCACUGAAUCUGACACACUCUGAGCAGACAAAGGACUCCUGCCUAUUGACAUGGGAGACUCCUUUGAAAAAUGGAGGCACACCGAUCACAGGAUACAUCAUUGAGAGAAGUGAAGAAGGAACAGACAAGUGGUUGAGAUGCAAUGCCAGGCUUUGCCCAGACCUGCAGUAUAGGAUUUCUGGCCUGAAGUUUGGAACAAAAUAUAACUAUAGAGCAAUUGCUGAGAAUGCGGCCGGUCAGUCUGACCCCUCCAACAUUGUUGGACCUGUGUUGGUAGAUGACCCACACUUUGGACCUACUAUGGAUCUUAGUGCAUUUAAGGAUGGUCUCGAGGUUAUUGUCCCCCAUCCUCUUGCAAUCCGAGUACCCAUCACUGGCUACCCAGUACCCACAGCAAAAUGGACUUUUGGUGAAAAUGAACUUGCGGCUGGUGACCGUGUGUCCAUGGUUACAAAACCUAACUUCACAGAGCUUGUUAUCACGCCAAGUGUGCGUCCAGACAAAGGCACAUACUCUUUGACGCUGGAAAAUGAUAUGGGCAGUGUGUCAGGAGAGAUUGAUGUCAAUGUCAUUGCAUGUCCAAGUGCACCCAAGGACCUAAAGAUUGCAGAAGUAACCAGAAGGCAUGUUCACAUGAUGUGGGAGGCACCUGAGCAUGAUGGAGGAAGUCCAAUCACUGGCUACCAAGUUGAGAAACGUGAAGUGUCUAGAAAGACCUGGGUAAAGGUGAUGGCAGGUUUGCAAGACCAGGAGUACACAAUCACAGAUGUCAUUGAGGGAAAAGAGUACCUGUUCAGAGUUAUUGCCUGCAACAAAUGCGGCCCUGGAGAACCUGCUUACAUUGAUGACCCUGUGAAUGUGUCUUCACCUGCUACUGUGCCAGACCCACCAGAGAACCUUAAAUGGAGAGACAAGUCUGCUAGUAAGAUCUUCUUGUCUUGGGAGCCUCCCAGAUGGGAUGGUGGUGCUGGAAUUAAAGGUUAUAUUGUUGACAAAUGUCAACGUGGAACUGACAAGUGGGAACCUUGUGGAGACACAGUACCCGAUCUUAAGCUUGAGGUGACAGGUCUCAUUGAAGGGGAGUGGUAUGCUUAUCGUGUGAGAGCUUUGAAUAGAUUGGGUGCCAGUAGACCUUGCAAGGCAACAGAUGAGAUCUUGGCUGUUGAUCCUAAAGAACCUCCUGAGAUUCAGCUAGAUGUUAAACUACUGGCUGGCCUGACCGCCAAAGCGGGCACGAAGAUUGAACUUCCUGCAGAUAUCACAGGCAAACCAGAGCCUAAAGUCAAAUGGACCAAGGCUGAUUUAGUCCUGCAGCCAGAUGAUAGAAUUGCAAUUCUUACCAAGCCAGGCCACUCUACAGUGUCCAUUGCUAAGACCACUAGAGAUGACUCGGCUACAUACAUCAUUGAGGCAGUCAACAGCAGUGGCCGUGCAACUGCAACUGUCGAUGUCAACAUUCUAGAUAAACCUGGUCCUCCAGCUGCCUUUGAUAUCUCUGAGGUCACCAACGAGUCCUGCUUCUUGUCCUGGAAUCCACCAAGGGAUGAUGGUGGUUCAAAAGUUACAAAUUAUAUUGUUGAGCGUAGGGCUGUAGACAGUGAAAUCUGGUACAAGCUGUCCUCCACCGUGAAGCAAACCACCUACAAGGCCACCAAACUUGUGACGUUCAAAGAGUACCUGUUUAGGGUCUUUGCUGAAAAUCAGUUUGGUGUUGGUCCCCCAGCAGAACAUGACUCGAUUAUUGCCAAAUACGCCUUUGAUCCCCCUGGACCACCAUACAAAUUGGAGGCAUCUGAUAUUGCAAAGGAUGCAGUAACUCUGACCUGGUAUGAACCUGACGAGGAUGGUGGAAGUCCUAUUACUGGCUACUGGGUGGAAAGAUAUGAGCCAGAUCAUGACAAAUGGAUCAGAUGCAAUAAGCUGCCUAUCACGGACACAAACUUUAGGGUCAAAGGACUGCCCACAAGAAAGAAGUGUAAGUUCCGCGUUUUGGCAGAGAAUCUUGCAGGACCUGGCAAACCAAGCAAAGAGACGGACUACAUUUUGAUCAAAGAUCCCAUCGAUCCUCCAUGGCCUCCUGGUAAACCCACUGUCAAGGAUGUAGCCAAGACGACUGCCUUCCUCCAGUGGACCAAACCUGAGCAUGAUGGUGGUGCAAAGAUCGAGUCCUACAUCAUUGAGCUCCUGAAGAGCGGAACUGAUGAGUGGGUUCGUGUAGCCGAUGGUAUUCCCUCUCUCGAGUACUUCCUGAAGGGAUUGAUGGAAAAACAGGAGUACUCUUUCCGCGUCAGAGCCGUCAAUGCGGCGGGCGAGAGUGAACCUAGCGAGCCAAGUGAUCCAGUACUGUGCAAGGAGAGACUCAAUCCUCCAUCUCCACCAAGAUGGCUCACAGUUGUUAAUAGCACCAAGAACACAGCUGAAUUGAAAUGGACAGCACCAGAGAGAGAUGGUGGCUCUCCAAUCACAAACUAUAUCGUUGAAAAGAGAGAUGUGAAACGCAAGGGCUGGCAGGUUGUGGACACCACCGUAAAGGAGCUUAAUUACACCGUCACCCCACUAAAUGAGGGGUCUCUCUACAUGUUCCGUGUAGCAGCCGAGAAUGUUGUUGGACCCAGUGAAUACUGUGAACUUUCAGACUCUGUUCUCGCCAAGGAUACUUUUGGUACCCCUGGACCUCCAUAUAAUCUGGCCAUUGCUGAGGUGUCCAAGAGUCAUGUUGACCUGAAAUGGGAUGCUCCUAAGAAUGAUGGUGGCAGACCGGUCUUGAGAUAUGUCAUUGAGAAAAAGGAGAAACUUGGAACCCGUUGGGUAAAAUCUGGAAAGACUUCAGGUCCUGACUGCCAUUACAGAGUAACUGAUGUAAUCGAGGGCACUGAAGUGCAGUUCCAGGUCUCAGCUGAAAAUGAGGCUGGAGUCGGACACCCAAGUGAACCCACUGAUAUUGUGGUCGUUGAGGACCCAACAGGUCCCCCAUCACCUCCUCAGGACUUACAUGUCACUGAAGCAGCCAGAGACCAUAUUUCUAUUUCCUGGAAGGCACCAGAAAGAAAUGGAGGAAGUCCAGUUAUUGGAUACCAUAUUGAGCUCUGCGAGGCUGGCACAGAAAAGUGGAUGCGAGUGAAUUCUCGUCCAGUCAAAGAGCUGAAAUUCAGAGCAGGGGAGGAGGAAGGCAUCGUGCCUGAGAAGCAAUAUACUUUCAGAGUCCGUGCUGUUAAUUCUGUGGGUGAAAGUGAACCCUCUGACACUUCUGAGAGAGUCUAUGCCAAAGAUUCUGACUGCAACCCAACCAUCGACUUCCAGACCAAAGACCUUGUUGUUGUGGAAGGUGAAAAGCUGCACCUCCCUAUUCCAUUUAGGGCUGUGCCGUCACCCAAGAUCACAUGGCACAAAGAUGGAAAUGAAAUGAAGGCAGAUGACAGAACCUUCUUUAGGACAGAGUACACAUCGUGCCAUCUGGAAAUACCAGAAUGCUUGCAUGCCGAUGGUGGCCAGUACAAAGUUACACUGGAGAACAGCCUUGGUGCAUGUAGUGGAACAAUGAACGUCAAAGUUAUUGGUCUUCCUGGACCAUGUAAGGACAUUGCUGCUAGUGAGAUUACCAAGAGCUCCUGUAAGGUGUCUUGGGAUCCUCCAGACUAUGAUGGUGGUAGCCCUGUUCUCCAUUACGUCCUGCAACGCAGAGAGGCAGGCAGGAGAACCUAUGUCAAUGUUAUGUCUGGGGAAAACAAACUGACUUGGCAGGUUAAAGAUCUCAUUCAAAACGGAGAGUAUUAUUUCCGUGUUAGAGCUGUGAAUAAGAUCGGGGGUGGUGAAUUCAUUGAGCUUCGUAACCCUGUAAUUGCUGAAGAUCAGAAACAACGUCCAGAUCCACCAGUUGAUUUGGAAACACACAACCCUACCUCAGAGUCUGUGACCCUUACAUGGAAGCCACCCAUGUAUGAUGGUGGAAGCAAAAUUAUGGGUUAUAUUCUUGAGAAGAUGACUAAGGGUGAAGAAAAGUUCGAAAGAUGCAAUGACUACCUUGUACCAGUCUUGUCUUACACUGUUAAGGGUUUGAAGGAUGGAAAACAGUAUCAGUUCCAAGUACGUGCAGAAAAUGCAGCUGGUAUUAGUGAUCCUUCACGCAGCACACCGAUGAUCAAAGCCACAGAUGCAGCUGAUCGUCCAAAGGUAUUCCUUAGUGGCAGUCUUCAAUCAGGCCUGUGCGUGAAACGAGGUGAGGAGAUCCGGUUGGAUGCCUACAUCUCUGGAGCCCCUUACCCUGAAAUCACAUGGACAAGAAACAAUUCAAGAAUUUGGUCAGAGCCACUAAAGAAGAGACCAGAAAGACCUAUUAGAAAGAAGAAAGAGGAGAAGAAGGAGGAAAAGAAGGAGGAGGACAAAGAAGUAAAAGAGGAAGACAAAGAAAAGAAGGAAGAGGACAAGGAGAAGAAGGAGGAGAAGGAGAAAGAAAAGGAGGUGGAGGAACCUGAAGAACCCGAAGAGGCAUACCACCCAAGCUUAAAUGAGCGUCUUACAAUUGACUCCAAGCGGAAGGGUGAAUCCUCCAUCAUUGUGAAAGAUACUAUCAGAGCAGAUCAUGGUGUGUUUACCAUAAAAGUGGAGAAUGAUCAUGGUGUUGCAUCUGCUUCCUGUGAAGUUAAUGUCCUUGAUACUCCUGGACCUCCAGUGAAUUUCAAAUUUGAGGAGGUAAGGAAGAACUCCAUUAUCUGCAAGUGGGAUCCUCCUUUGGAUGAUGGUGGUAGUGAAAUCCUUAACUAUGUGCUGGAGAGAAAAGAUAACUCCAAGGCUGAGCUUGGUUGGAUCACUGUGACGGCAUCCCUGAGAGGCUGCAGAUAUCUAGUGCCAAAACUUAUUGAGGGCAAGCAGUACAUCUUCCGUGUGACUGCAGAGAACAAAUAUGGACCUGGAACCCCAUGCGUAUCCAAACCCGUCGUUGCAAAGGAUCCAUUCGAUCCUCCAGAGCCACCUGAGAAACCUGAAGUUGUAGAUAUAACCUCUAAUAGUAUGGUUGUUACCUGGAAGGAACCCAAUGACAAUGGCAGCCCCAUUCAGGGAUACUGGGUUGAGAAACGAGAAGUUAACAGCACACACUGGGCAAGAGUCAAUCGCAGUAUUGUUCCUGAUUUGGAAAUAACUGUAUUGGGUCUUUUGGAGGGUAUGACAUAUAUUUUCAGAGUUUGUGCAGAAAACGUGGCUGGACCUGGAAAGUUCAGCCCCCCGUCAGAUCCAAAAACUGCACAGGCACAGAUCACGCCCCCUGGUCCACCAAUUCCAAGGGUUGUUAACACCUCAGACUAUUCAAUUGAUGUUGAAUGGGACCCACCUGAGGACAAUGGUGGCGCAGACAUUUUUGGUUAUCAUGUUGACAAAGUUGUUGCUGGUACUAAUGACUGGUCACGAGCCACAGAGAGACCACAGAAGAACUGUGCAUUUACCGUGUAUGGUGUUAGAGAACGUGCUAAGUACAUAGUCCGUGUUGUGGCGGUCAAUUGUGCGGGUGAAGGCCCUCCUGGUGUAACAGAUGCUGUAAUUGUCAAAAAUCCUGCAGAGGCUCCAGUCAUCGAGCUUGAUAUGUCUGUGAAAAAUGGAAUUGUUGUUAGAGCUGGAGAGAUGCUCAGAGUUCCAGCACAUGUGACCGGCAAACCUUACCCAUCCUUGAAAUGGACAAAGGAUGAUGGUAAACUAGAGAAAGAUCGCAUGGAGGUAGAAGAAGUUGGACAGGACAGCACGGUUAUCAUUCAAUGCACAAAGAGAAGUGACCAUGGCAAAUAUACAAUCCAAGCAGCGAAUCCAAGCGGUAUAAGAUCUGCAUCGGCCAGGGUAGAGGUUGUGGAUGUUCCUGGACCAGUUAUAGACCUAAAGCCUGUUGUGGUUACCAGAAAACUUAUGAUGUUGAAUUGGGGUGAUCCUGAGGAUGAUGGUGGUAGCGAUAUAACUGGGUUUAUCAUUGAAAGGAGAGAGCCAAAGAUGCACACAUGGAGACAACCCAUUGACACGCCUGCAUCUAAAUGUGAGAUUGUAGGUAUUACCGAGGGACAUGAAUACAUUUUCCGCGUUGUGGCUAAGAACAAGUAUGGAUGUGGUCCCCCAGUCGAUCUUGGACCUAUCCUUGCUGUGGAUCCUCAAGGUCCACCAACUUCUCCUGAAAAGUUCCACUAUACAGAGAGAACAAAGUCCUCUGUUACUAUUGAAUGGAGGCCACCACGUAAUGACGGUGGUAGUCCAAUCCUUGGCUACAUCAUUGAGAAAAAGAGGCAGGAUCAGCCAGCUUACCAGCGUGUCAACCCAGAACUGUGCACCGAUCUCAUCAUGACAGUCGAGGACCUCGAUGAGUUGCAUAUGUAUGAGUUCCGUGCCAAGGCAGUUAAUGCAUUUGGUGAAAGUGAGCCGUCAAUUACCAUGACUGUUGUUAUUCAGGAUGAUGAAGUGCCUCCAAGUGUGCACAUGUUGAAGCAUUUCAAGGGCGAUUUGAUCAGAGCAAGGAAAAAUGAACCUAUCGAGAUGCCUGCUGAAGUCACAGGCCUGCCAAUGCCAAAGAUUGAGUGGCUAAAGGACGAUGUUGUUAUUCCCAAGUCUACUGAGAAACUUCUAAUAGAAACCAAGGAGAUUGACAGAGUGACAUCAAAUACAAAACUGUCAAUCCCUGGUGUUGUGAGAGUGGAUAAGGGCACGUACACUGUUACUGCCUCAAAUCGUUUGGGAACAGUCAGUCAUCAUAUCACAGUGGAAGUGCUAGAUCGCCCAACACCGCCAAGAAAUAUUGCUGUUUCAGAAAUCAAAGCUGAGUCUUGCAAGCUUACUUGGGAUCCUCCACUGGAUAAUGGUGGCAGUGAGCUUACCAACUACAUUGUUGAGAAGAAAGAUCUUAAUGGUGAAGAUCCAGAAAAAGCAGAGUGGGUUACUGUUACUAACACCAUUGUCGAGAAGCGAUAUGGGGUUUGGAACUUGGAAACCGGGGGCAACUAUAAAUUCAGAGUCAAGGCUGAGAACAAGUAUGGAAUAAGUGACCCCUGUGAAACAGAAGAAGUUCAGAUUAAGGAUCCAUUAGCACUACCUGGCCCACCCGAGAAGGUCACUAUCGCCGAGUACUCCACGGCUCAUAUGUUGUUGACAUGGGAACCACCAUUGGACACAGGUGGUUCCAUGAUUACUGGCUACUGGAUUGAGAAACGUAUAAAGGGAAGUUCCUACUGGGCUCGUGUGAAUAAGGGGCUGGUGUCAAAACGUGGCAUGAAAGGCUGGGAUUACAAUGUUACUCGCCUUGUUGAAGGAACUGAAUAUGAAUUCCGCGUGAUGGCCUGCAAUGCUGCUGGAGUUGGCCCACCUAGUGCGGUUUCCGAUUCCGCCUUUGCUGUUGAUCCCCUGACACCACCUGGCAUGCCGGAUGCUCCCGAGAUUGUUGACAAAACCAAACGUAGUGUCACCCUCUCAUGGGUCCCACCAGCUAAGGAUGGUGGUCGUCCCAUUAAAGGUUACAUCAUUGAGAUUCAGGAUGAAGGCACAUCUGAAUGGUCCAGGGUAAAUGACGCUGAAAAUCUGCAUCCCAGCACUGUGUUCACCGUUCCAAACCUUCCGGAGCUUAAGAAGUACAGAUUCAGAGUCAUUGCUGUCAAUGAUAUUGGUGAAUCUGAGCCAAGUCCCAGAACCUCUGAAGUUCGCAUAGAGGACAUUCAAACUGCACCAAAAAUAUUUUUGGAUAUCCUUGUUGAUGAUUUGCUGUGUAUUCGUGCUGGAUCCCCCUUUAAGAUUCCGGCUACCAUCACAGGACGCCCUGUUCCUAAAGUCACGUGGGAGUUUGACGGCAAAGCAAAAACAGAAAAGAAGGAUCGUCUCCAUGUCUUGCCAGUGGAUUCACAGGUGGAGUCUACUGACACAACCUCCACUGUUGUUGUUCCUGUGAGUUUGAGAAGUCAUUCUGGAAGGUACACAAUUACAGCAAAGAACAAAUCAGGACAGAAACACGUCAACGUUAGAGUAAAUGUGCUUGAUGUUCCUGGAGCCCCCAAAGACCUCAAAGUUACUGAUGUGACCAGAAACACAAUGAGACUUAUCUGGAAGCUCCCAGAUAAUGAUGGCGGUGAGAGAAUCAAGAGUUACUUUAUUGAGAAGAAAGCUGUCAAAGGAAAGGCUUGGACAGUCGUCAAUCCAGCUUGUGCCAACAUGGCCUUUGUCGUGCCCAACCUCCUUGAGGGCCAGGACUAUCUGUUCCGUGUUCGUGCUGAGAAUCGCCUUGGCUUUGGACCAUUUGCUGAGACUACAGAUCCUGUUAGAGCAAGGGAUCCUAUCUAUCCUCCUGAUCCUCCGACCAAGGUCAAAAUUAACCUUGUGACCAAGGACACAGUAACCCUGACAUGGGUGCCUCCUAAGAAUGAUGGUGGAGCACCAGUGAAGCAUUACAUUAUUGAGAGACUCAGCUGGGAUACCAGUGGUCCCGAGAAAGAAACUUGGAAACAGUGCAAUAAGAGAGAUGUUGAAGAGACUACCUUCAUUGUUGAAGACCUUAAGGAAGGUGGCGAAUAUGAAUUCCGUGUCAAAGCUGUGAAUGAAGCUGGAGCAAGCAGACCCUCUGCGACCGCUGGACCUGUUAUCAUUCAAGAUCAGACGUGUCCUCCAAGCAUUGAGCUCAGAGAGGCUUUAGAGGGUGCAGAAGGAUUUGAUAUCAACAUUGUUGCCAGGAUUCAGGGCUGUCCAUUCCCAUCUCUUGUCUGGCACAAGGCUCCACUAGAUAAGCCUGAUGACAAAACUGCUGUGCAGUAUGACAAACAUGUCAAUAAACUUGUUUCUGAUGACAAAUGCACACUUUUAAUUCAGCAGUCAAAAAGAAGUGAUAGCUCAGUGUACACUUUAACAGCAACCAACAGCCUUGGCACAGCUUCUAAGGGCAUCAAUCUUACCAUUUUGGGACGUCCUGGUGUACCUGUAGGACCAAUUAAGUUUGGUGAGGUAUUUGCUGAAAGGAUUGGCAUUUCAUGGAAACCACCCCUAGAUGAUGGCGGUUCCAAGAUUACAAACUAUGUCAUUGAAAAACGUGAGGAGAACAGAAAAACAUGGGUCCACGUCUCUAGCGAUCCAAAAGAAUGCCAAUACAUUGUGCAAAGACUAACUGAGGGUCACGAAUACGAGUUCCGUGUUAUGGCUCAGAAUAAAUAUGGAGUUGGACCACCCUUGUACAGUGAACCUGAAAAAGCAAGAAAUCUCUUUACUGUGCCUGGUCAAUGUGACAAGCCAACUGUCACAGAUGUUUCAGCUGAAUCCAUGACGGUCAACUGGGAAGAACCAGAAUAUGAUGGUGGGUCUCCAGUAACUGGCUACUGGCUGGAGCGUAAGGAAACUACAGCCAAACGCUGGGCAAGAGUGAAUCGUGACCCCAUCAGAAUAAGACCUAUGGGAGUUUCUCACAUUGUAACCGGUCUCAUAGAGGGAUCUAUUUACCAGUUCCGUGUUAUUGCAAUGAAUGCAGCUGGAUGUGGCCUACCUAGUUUGCCUUCUGACCCUGUUGCAUGCAGAGACCCAAUAGCACCUCCAGGACCACCAACUCCAAAAGUAACAGACUGUACCAAGUCAACUGUUGAUCUAGAAUGGAUUCCUCCACUUGUUGAUGGUGGAUCUAAGAUCACAGGCUACUUUGUUGAGUACAAAGAAGAAGGACAAGAGGAAUGGGAGAAGGUUAAAGACAGGGAAAUCAGGGGUUGCAAAUUUGUUGUUCCUGGUCUGAAAGCAUUUGGACUCUAUAGAUUCAGAGUAAGAGCUGUGAAUGCAGCAGGUGUUGGGGAACCUGGAGAGGUUGCAGAAGUGAUUGAAGUGAAGGACAGAACAGUUCCCCCUGAAGUGGACCUGGAUGCAACUGUCAAGGAAAAGAUUGUUGUUCAUGCGGGUGGGGUAAUCCGCAUCCUGGCUUAUGUAUCAGGAAAGCCUGCACCAGAAAUUAUUUGGAAUAGAGAUGAUGCUGUUUUGCCAAAGGAGGCUGUUGUUGAGACCACUUCUAUAAGUUCAGCUCUGGUUAUCAAAAACUGCAUUAGAAAACACCAAGGCAUUUAUACUCUGACUGCUAAAAAUGCAGGUGGAGAGAGGAAGAAAGCAGUCAUUGUUGAAGUAUUAGAUGUCCCUGGUCCUGUGGGCCAGCCCUUCUCUGGUGAGAAUCUUACCAAUGACUCUUGUAAGCUGACCUGGAGUUCACCUGAAGAUGAUGGUGGCUCGGCUAUAACCAACUACAUAAUUGAGAAGAGAGAAGCUGACCGUAGAGGCUGGACUUCAGUGACAUAUACCGUCACUAGAUAUAAUGCAGUGGUCCAGGGUCUUAUUGAUGGCAAGGGUUACUUUUUCAGGAUUGCAGCUGAAAAUAUUAUUGGAAUGGGUCCAUUUGUUGAGACGUCAGCUCCAGUUGUCAUCAAAGAUCCAGUUUCUGUUCCUGAGCGGCCAGAAGAUCUUGAGGUCACUGCUAUUACAAAUGAGUCAAUCAGUGUGGCAUGGAGACCGCCAAAAUAUGAUGGAGGUUCCGAAAUUACCAGCUACGUUCUUGAGGCUCGCCUUGUUGGAAAAGAUGUCUUCACUCGUAUUGCUGCAGACAACAAAUUAAUGGAUCGUAAAUUCACACAUGUGGGUCUUAAAGAAGGUGCUUCUUAUGAAUUCCGUGUUAGUGCUGUAAAUGAAAUCGGCCAAGGCAAGCCUUCUUUCAGCACCAAACCAGUUACAUGCAAGAAAGAAUUUGAACCACCAGCCCUUGAUCUUAGCUUCCGUGACAAGAUUGUGGUUCGUGUUGGGCAGCCUUGCACAAUUCAAAGUGGAUAUUCAGGCAAACCACAACCAACUAUUAAAUGGCUCAAAAAUGAUGAGGAGCUUCAAGCCAGUGAGGAAAUUGCUCUUGCCAGCACAAAUAAGACUUUGUGCUUGACUAUUGAAAAGGCAAAACGUGAUCACAGUGGAAAAUACACUGUGGUUUUGGAAAACUCCAUAGGCUCACGCAAGGGCAUUUGCAAUGUUACUGUUGUUGACCGACCACAGCCUCCAGAGGGUCCUGUAGUCUUUGAUGAGAUCUACAGAAAUUACAUGGCCAUUUCUUGGAAGCCCCCACUGGAUGAUGGCGGAGCUGCUAUUUCCAACUACAUUAUUGAAAAGAGAGAUACCAACAGGGAUCUAUGGAUGCCUGUUACAGAAUCUUGCACAAGAACAUCAUGUAAAGUUCCUAAAUUGAUUGAGGGUAGAGAGUACAUCAUUCGAAUCUGUGCUCAGAAUACUUAUGGCAUUAGUGAUCCAUUACUGUCUGCUGAGACAAAAGCAAGGGAUGUUUUCAAGGUUCCAGAUGCUCCCAAGGCACCUGUGGUAAAAGAAAUCUAUAAAGACACAGCAUUGAUUUCAUGGAUCCAACCAGCUGAUGGUGGCAAACCAAUCACAAACUAUAUUGUUGAAAAGAAAGAGACCAUGACCAACAUGUGGGCCCGUGCUGGAAAAGAACGCAUUUUCCCUAACACUGAAUACUGGGUUCCUGAUCUUCUCGAGGGAUGUGAAUAUGAAUUCCGUGUCAUGGCAGAAAAUGUAGUUGGAAUUAGUGACCCGAGUCCACCCUCAAAGCCCAUCUAUGCCAAAGAUCCUAUAGUGAUCCCAAGCCCACCUGUGAACCCAUUAGCAAUUGACACAACAAAAGAGUCUGUCACUCUGUCUUGGCAGCCACCCAGAGACUGUGGCAGAGGCAAAAUCUUUGGCUACCUCAUUGAGUAUCAGAAAGCUGGUGAUGAGGCAUGGCUUCAAGUUAACCAGACACCUGAUUCCUGCCAGGAAACUAAAUUCAAGGUUAUCGGCCUUGAGGAUGGUGUACUUUACAGAUUUAGAGUGAAGGCUGUCAAUGCUGCUGGAGAAUCUGAGCCUGCAUAUGUCCCAGAGCCUGUUCGAGUACAAGACAGACUUGAACCCCCAGAUAUUCUUUUGGAUAUGGGAAUGCCUAGGGAGAUAAAAGCAAAGGCUGGAACCCAUAUUGAUAUUAUUGCUGGAAUCAAGGGAAUACCUUUCCCAAAAGUCACAUGGAAGAAAAAUGAUGCAGAUGUUCCUACAAAAACAGAUAUUGAGACAUCUGGAACAGCAUCCAGAUUGAAUUUGCGUUUUUGCACCCGUGGUGAUAGUGGAGAUUACACACUUCAUGUCGAAAAUCCAGCAGGAUCAAAAACAGCCACAUGCACUGUGCUUGUACUUGAUAAACCUGGACCAGUUCAGCAUCUUAGAGUGUCUGAUGUCAGAAGUGAUUCUGCUCAGCUUUCUUGGAAAGACCCUGAAGAUAGUGGUGGUACACGCAUCACUAACUUUGUUGUUGAGAAAAAGGAUGCCACAUCUGCACAAUGGGUGCCAGUCUGCUCAUCAUCCAAAAAACGUAGUAUGAUGGCAAAGCACUUGAUUGAGGGGACGUCAUACAUGUUCCGUGUGGCAGCUGAAAAUCAGUAUGGAAGAAGUGAAUAUGUUGAGACAACUAAAGCUAUCAAAGCAAUGAAUCCCUUGUUCCCACCAGGUCCACCAAAAGACUUGCAUCAUGUAGAUGUUGACAAAACUGAGGUAUGGCUCCAGUGGAAUUGGCCUGAUCGCACAGGGGGAAGUGAAAUCACUGGGUUCUUGGUGGAGUAUCAAGAAGAAGGUGAAAGGGAUUGGAUUGUUUUUAAGACUGUCAGCAUUCCUGAGUGCCAUGUUACUGGGCUGGUAGAGGGAAAGACCUAUAGGUUCCGUGUAAAGGCAGAGAAUGCAAUUGGCUUGAGUCGACCAGACACCACUCUUCCAGUUCUUUGUCAUGAAAAACUAGUGCCACCCAUUGUUGAAAUUGAUGUGAAGCUGAUUGAGGGCAUCAUUGUAAAAGCUGGAAGCACUAUUAGAUUGCCUGCCAUUAUGAGAGGGAUACCAAUACCCACUGCCAAAUGGGCCAUUGAUGGAGAGGAAAUCAAGAGUGAAGGGAAUACCAAAAUUGACACAGAUAGCUUCUCCACUGUUCUUAGCAUUGCUGAAUGCACAAGAAAUCACACAGGAAGCUAUAUCCUCACAGUGUCUAACUCAGCUGGGAGUAAGACUGUUGCUGUUAAUGUCACAGUACUUGAUGUUCCCGCGGCCCCCAUUGGUCCUGUAAAUAUCCUUGAAGUCACCCCAGACCACAUGGUCAUUGACUGGCGUCCUCCCAAAGAUGAUGGUGGAAGUCCAGUAAUGAACUACAUUGUUGAGAAGAGGGAAUCUAAUAAGGAAACAUGGGGAGGAGUCAGUUCUGGUAGUACUUCCACAAGGCUCAAGAUUUCACGUCUGCAAAAGGGAGCAGAGUAUAUUUUUAGAAUUCGUGCUGAAAACAAAAUGGGAAUUGGCGCACCUCUUGAAAGUGCACCAACUGUAGCCCGGCAUCAGUUUGAGCCCCCUAGCCCUCCUGGAAAACCAAUUGCUUCUGAGAUUUCUGAGGAUGCACUCACACUUGGAUGGACAAUGCCUCUGUUUGAUGGUGGUAGUCCAAUUAGUGGUUACAUAAUUGAACGUAGACAUAAGGGAGGAAAAUGGAUUCGGGUGAAUAAAACCCCUUCCAAGGACCUUAGAUACAGAGUGCUUGGACUUUUUGAAAGUAACGAAUAUGAGUUUAGAGUUUUUGCUGAGAAUAUCGCUGGCUUUAGUGGACCCUCUCCUAUUUCAGAUCCUGCCAAGCCUUGCAGACAAAUUACUGUUCCUGGACCUCCAAUCAACCCUAAGAUUAAGGACUACAGUUGCACAUAUGCUGACUUAGUCUGGAUCAAACCCACAAGGGAUGGGGGUAGUCCAAUUUUAGGAUACAUUGUUGAAUGCCAAAAGUUAGGUGCAGAUUGGGAGAAGAUCAAUAUGGAUGAUCUGAUUAAGCAGUGUGCCUACAGAGUAAAGGGCCUAACAGAGGACACUGAGUACAGGUUCCGUGUUAAAGCAGUCAACAUGAUUGGAGAAGGUGAGACACGGGAAAUCCCAGAGUCACUUAUUGCUAAGGACAUCCUUAUUCCCCCAGAAAUUGAAAUGGAUGCCACAUGUCGUGAUCGCCUGACUGUCCGUGUUGGACAUAACAUUAAUAUUAUUGGAUAUGUGAAAGCAAGACCUGAUCCUAAAAUCACGUGGAGCAAAGGUGAAAACGUUUUGGAAAAAGACAAAUCUACAACUUUUAUAAAUAACUUCCCAGUAGUACGGAUGCGCAUCAAAGAGGCAACCAGAGCAGAUCAUGGAAAGUAUACACUUAAGGCUGUUAAUGAUUCUGGAGAGGCUUCAGCUACUAUUACAGUAAAUGUACUUGAUAGACCUGGACACUGCCAGAAUCUUAAGUUGACAUAUGUAACUAAAAAUUCUUGCAUGGUAUCCUGGGAUGCUCCUGAGGACAAUGGAGGCACUGAGAUAACAAAUUACAUUGUGGAAUGUCGGGAGCCAAGCAUACGAACCUGGUCAAUGAUCUCAUCUGACUGCACAAAUCGCAUGGUAAAGGCAAAGCUCAUGGAAAAUCAUGAGUAUUUAUUCCGUGUGUCUGCAGAGAACAAGUGUGGUCCUGGACCAACAACAGAAACCAAAACACCCAUUCUUGCAAUUGACCCACUUCAGAAGCCUGGUGAGCCAGAGAACUUCCAUGUUGGUGAAAUUGGCAAGAACUUUGUUUUCCUUAAAUGGAGGAAACCUGAUUUUGAUGGUGGCAGCCCUAACUUGGGUUACAUUUUGGAGAGAAAAGCAAAGGAUGCUGAGGAGUGGGAACAGUUACAUAAGGGAGUCCUAAAAGAGAAAUUCUUCAUGGUAGAAAAAUGUGUUGAGAAUCAGACCUAUCAGUUUAGAGUGAAAUCUACAAAUGAUGGAGGAGAAAGCAACUGGGUUAGGACAUCUGAUAUCAUUGUCAAAGAAGAAAUUCAGAAACCAGUUCUUGACCUGAAAUUUGCUGGUGCCAUUGUAGUUAAAGCUGGUGAAUCGGUUAGACUUGAGGCUGCUCUAAGAGGUAAACCACAGCCUGAGGUUACAUGGUUGAAGGACAAGGCUACAUGUGAUAACCCAAGGAUCAGUGUUGACACGGGAUCAGAUUACUCUAAAUUCCUCAUGACUAAAUCCAAACGUAGUGACACUGGAAAGUACACUAUCACUGCUACAAACCCAGCUGGAUCAUUCACAUCAUAUGCCAAUAUUACCGUUUUGGAUAUACCAGGACCUGUCAGGGAUUUGAAAAUUUCGGGCAUUUCCACAGAUAAGUGCAGAGUUGUAUGGGAUCCUCCAGAAGAUGAUGGUGGUUGUGAGGUGGACAGCUACAUUGUUGAGAAAUGUGAGACCAGACGAAUGGUUUGGUCCACUUACUCUGCCUCUAUCAUCACCAACUACUGUAAUGUAACCCGCCUUGUUGAAGGUAAUGAGUACAUUUUCAGAGUCAGAGCAGAAAACAAAAUGGGAACUGGUCCCCCAAUGGAGAGUAAGCCUAUUAUUGCUAAGACACAGUACAACAGACCUGGCCCACCUGAUGCACCAGAAGUCACAAAAAUUGCUAAAGAUGAGAUGACUGUGGUAUGGGCUCCUCCUGAAAGUGAUGGUGGAAAGUCUAUCACUGGUUACAUUCUAGAAAGAAAGGAAAAGAGGGCUGUUCGAUGGGUUCCUGUCACAAAGAGCCCUAUCACUGAGAGACGCAUGAGGGUCACCAAUCUGAUCCCUAACCAUGAAUAUCAAUUCCGUGUCAAAGCUGAAAAUGAAGUAGGAUUGGGCGAACCAAGCAAACCAUCUAGACCCAUCACUGCAAAGGAUCCAAUUGAGCCCCCUGGUCCUCCUGGCAGUCUUAAAGUAGUUGACAGCACAAAAACAUUGAUUACACUUAGAUGGGCAAAGCCUGUGUAUGAUGGUGGUGCUCCAAUAAUUGGAUAUCUGGUUGAAAUGAGGGAAAAGGUUGAAAUGGAGGGCGAACAGGAAAGAGAUCCAGAGGAGGGUUGGAAGAAAUGUAAUAUACCCGGACAGCUUGUCCUAACCGAAUUUACAAUGAUUAACUUGGAUGAGAGAAAGGAAUAUGAAUUUAGGGUGUCUGCUCAAAACCAAGUUGGCAUGGGCCGCCCUGCAAAACUCAAGGAAGCUGUGUCACCAAAGGAGAUCAAUGAAUUUCCAGAGAUUGAUCUUGAUGCCACACUAAGAAAAGGACUUACCGUUAGAGCAGGAUGUCCCAUCAGGCUUUUUGCUACUAUUAGGGGAAGACCAACACCUAAAGUGACAUGGAAGCGUUUAGGUAUUGAUAACGUUAUUAGGAGGGGCCAUGUGGAUCAGAUUGACACAAUGACCUUCCUUGUGAUACCCGAGUGCUCCCGUGAAGACUCUGGCAGAUAUUCUUUGACUCUUUCAAAUCCGUCUGGAGAAAAAGCUGUAUACGUUCGUGUUAAAGUCUUAGAUACUCCUGGUCCUGUUGGCGAACUGGAGGCAACUGAUAUCACAAAGACAACCUGCCAGCUUGCUUGGCUACCUCCAGACAAUGAUGGCGGUAGCCCUAUUCUAAACUAUAUUGUUGAGAAACGUGAAGUUGACAGGAAAACUUGGACAAAUUGCACAAAUGACUUAAAGAAGACAAGCUUUAAAGUCACAAAUCUGACACCUGGAACUGAAUAUUACUUCCGUGUUAUAGCAGUUAACAAAUAUGGCAUUGGUGUGCCUCAAGAUUCUCCAAAGUCCUAUAUGGCUACAGAUCCCAAGAGUGAACCUGAUCCUCCAAAGAAGAUGGAUGUAUUGGAAAUUACUAAAAACAGUGCAACUCUUGGGUGGCUGAAACCCCUUCGAGAUGGCGGAUCAAAAAUAAAUGGAUACAUUGUGGAUUACCAAGAGGAUGGUAAACCUGAGGACAAAUGGACAUCAUACUCAGUUGUGAAAGACUUGACCAUUGUUGUAGCUGGACUGAAAGAAAACACUAAAUACAGAUUCAGGGUAGCAGCAAGAAAUGCAAUAGGAUGCAGUUUGCCAAGAGAAGCUGAGGGCAUAUUCGAGGUCAAAGAACAGCUGAUGCCACCAAGGAUUAUCAUGCCUGAAAUUGUUACAGCAAAGGCAGGGUCUAAACUUACAGUUGAGGCUUUUGUGUCUGGAAAACCUACACCAACCUCAAAAUGGAAAAGAGGAAAUGAUGAUAUAGUUACAUCUGAUCGUGUCUUUAUACAAAAGACACAAACCACAAAUGUACUUAUGAUCAAGGAUGUAACAAGGAAGGAUAGUGGUUACUACAGUCUUUCAGCUGAAAAUAGCAUAUCAAAGGUCAACCAGAUACUCAGAAUAAUCAUCAUGGACAAACCUGGUCCUCCAGAAGGUCCUUUAGAAUAUCUCGAGGUGGAUAUAGAUGCAUGCACUCUUGCCUGGAAUUCACCUACUGAAGAUGGUGGCAGCAACAUCACUAACUACAUUGUUGAGAAGUGUGAUGUGAGCAGAGGGGACUGGGUCAUGGCUGCAUCUUGUACCAAGACCAGCUGCAGAGUUGUAAAGCUCACUCGUGGCACAGAGUAUGGUUUCCGUGUCCGUGCUGAAAAUCGUUUUGGAAUUUCAGAACCAAUUUAUGCAGAAAAAAUGAUCGCUAGACAUCCAUUUGAUCCACCCAGUGAGCCGAGGAACUGUUGUGUCAAAAAAAUCAACAAGGAAUUUGUUGUGCUGUCCUGGGAAACACCAGUCACCGAUGGUGGCAGUCCCAUCAUUGGAUAUUCCAUUGAGCGCAAAGAAAGAAAUAGCUUACUUUGGGUCAAGGCAAAUGAAGUCCUUGUUCGUUCAACUGAAUAUACAUGCUCAGGUCUCAUUGAUGGUCUAGAGUAUACAUUCAGAGUGUCUGCUGUCAACAAGGCAGGACAAAGCAAACCAAGCAAGCAAACAGAUUUUAUCACUGCAAGAGCACCAGUUGAUCCACCUGGUAAACCUGAAGUUCUCGAUGUGACAAGAAAUUCAGUUUCUCUUGUCUGGAGUCGUCCAAAACAUGAUGGUGGUAGCAAACUCAUUGGUUAUUUUGUUGAGUCUUUGAAACUUCCAGGUGAAAAAUGGGUGCGUAUCAAUACAAGCUGCCAAAGUGUGCCGAAGGAAGAAUACAUUGUCCCUGGACUUGAGGAGGGAGCACAAUACAAAUUCAGAAUAAUUGCAAAGACAGCAAUUAAUGUCAGUCUGCCCUCAGAAGAAUCUGAUGCUAUCACAGUUAUUCCCGAGAAUGUUCCACCAAGGGUUGAGAUUAGUCUUGAAAUGAAAAACUUAAUUGUUGUCAAAGCUGGAGCAAAUGUCUGUCUUGAGGCAGAGGUUUAUGGCAAACCAAUGCCAAAAGUCUCAUGGAAGAGAGACGGUGUUCCAUUGAAGAUGGUUGAAGGUAUGAAAAUGACUCAAAAGAUACAUCUUUUCUGCCUGGAGCUGUUCUCUGUGACAAGAAAGGAGUCUGGAGAGUACACAAUUGUUGCUGAAAACCCAAGUGGAACUAAGUCUGCUAAUAUUAAACUGAAGGUUCUAGACAAACCUGGACCCCCAGCGUCAGUGAAGAUAAGCCAUGUUUUUGCAGACCGGGUAAAACUCAGGUGGGAGCCACCUAUUGCAGAUGGUGGUUCUGAAAUUACAAACUACAUUAUUGACAAACGUGAAACAAGCAGAGCCAACUGGGCACAAGUUACUGCUAACAUUAGUGGUCAUAUAACAGACUGUUCUGUGGAGAAACUGAUUGAAGGCCAUGAAUAUGAGUUCCGCAUCAGUGCUGAGAACAAAUAUGGUGUUGGAGAUCCAAUUGUGACCAACUCUGUAAUCGCAAAGAAUCCAUUUGAUGUUCCAGGACCAUGUGAACCUCCAGUUAUAACUAAUAUCACCAGGGAUCACAUGACUGUUAGUUGGAAGGCCCCUGCUGAUGAUGGCAAGGCUCCCAUUCUUGGAUACAUGGUUGAGAAGCGUGAAACUCAAGACCUCAACUGGGCUAAAGUUAAUAGAAGACCUGUUAUUGACAGGACAAUUAAGGCUGGAGGCCUAACAGAGGGGUCUGAGUAUGAAUUCAGAGUUAUUGCCAUCAAUAAAGCUGGUCUUGGCAAACCAAGUGAUCCAUCUGCUGGUGCAUUUGCACUGGACCCAGUGUAUCCUCCAGGACCACCUGCUUUUCCAAAGGUCAUUGACUCUACACACAGUUCAAUCAGUUUGUCCUGGUCAAAGCCCGCUUAUGAUGGUGGAUGUGAAAUCCUGGGCUACCUUGUUGAGUUCAAGAGAGCAGAUGCAGAAGAUUGGUUGAAGUGCAAUGUGCCAAAAAAUCUUCAGGCAACAAAGUUUGUUGUUACUGGUCUCUUGGAUGACAUUGAGUACCAGUUCCGUGUUACUGCUGUAAACAGAAUUGGAUUUGGCGAGCCAAGUGAGGUUCCUGAAAAACAUAUGGCAAAGGACAUCCUACUUCCACCUGAGGCUGAACUUGAUGCAGAUCUCAGAAAAGCCCUAGUUUUACGGGCUGGAGUCACCAUGAGAGUUUAUGUGCCUCUAAGAGGGCGUCCUGCUCCGAAGGCAACAUGGUCAAAGGUCAAUGCCAAUUUGAAAGAGAGACAAGGUUUUAUGAUCACAACAACUGAUUGGGAUACCUAUCUUUAUUGUGAGGACAUCAACAAAUAUGAUGCUGGCAAAUAUGUCCUAACCCUGGAAAACAGUAGUGGCACCAAGUCAUAUACCAUUGUUGUGAAAGUACUAGACACACCUGGACCACCACUCAAUCUGGUUGUUAAGGAGACCUCAAAGAGCCAUGUAUCCAUAACUUGGGAUGCUCCAUUAAUUGAUGGUGGUAGUCCUAUUAAGAGCUAUGUUGUUGAAAAACGUCUGGCUGAGAGAAAAGCAUGGACUUGUGUUGCUCCUGAGUGUUCCAAAACAUCUUUCAGAAUUACUAAUCUUGAAGCUGGUAAAGCUUACUGUUUCAGAGUUCUAGCUGAAAAUGUAUACGGCAUUGGGGAGAGUUGUGAGACAGCUGGACCAGUCAAAGCCUCAGAACAACCUGGACCUGUUACCGACUUUAAAGCCUUAGAGGUCACCAAGAAUUCCUGCACUCUUGUUUGGAAGAAACCAAUCAGUGAUGGUGGAAGCCACAUUGUUGCAUAUAUACUAGAGAUCUGUGAAGGUGAAGACAAAUGGAAGUUGCUCAUGAGGUCCAAGCUUACACAGUACACAAUGACUGAUCUUACAGAAGGCAAGGAAUACUUAUUCAGAGUCAAAGCCAUUAAUGAAGCAGCUGACGGACCCAUAACUGAGCUUCCUGUCUUGGCUAAAGAUCAAAUAGUUCUGCCAGACUGUAAUCUGAAAGGCCUUCCUGACUCUAGCUAUGUGGCCAAGGAAGGAAGUACUGUUCGUCUCAAUAUUCCUAUUACUGGUAUCCCUGCUCCAGUAGUCACAUGGAAAAAGGGGGAUGUUACUUUAUCCGAUAGUGGAAGAAUCUCGGUUGAAUCAACUGCAACAAACACAAUUUUGCUGAUUCGUGAUUGUACUAGAAGUGACGCUGGCAAAUUCAUCCUCAAUUUGAGAAACACUGCUGGGACAAAGGAAUCAGCUAUUGACUUUAAAGUUGUUGGUAAGCCUGGAAUCUGCACAGGUCCCUUUAAGUUUGAUGAAAUCACAGCAGAAGGAAUUACUGUAGAAUGGGGUCCACCCAUAGAUGAUGGUGGAUCAGAAGUUUCCAAUUAUAUUUUGGAAAAAAGACAAUCUACUGCCAACAAGUGGGCCACAGUUGCUUCUGCAAUUCAGAAAAACACAAUGAGGGUUACAAGACUUCAUGAUGGAACAGAAUAUAUCUUCAGAGUUUGUGCAGAAAAUAAAUAUGGAGUUGGGGAGUACCUCAGAUCUGACCCAGUGACUGCUAAACAUCCAUUCAAUGCACCAGAGGCUCCAGCACCACCUGAGAUUGUGAACAUUCGCCAUGAGUCUGCUAUUCUUACAUGGUCUGAUCCAAGAGAUACUGGAGGAUCACCCAUCACUGGAUAUUACGUUGAAUUCAAAGACAGAAAUAGCUUAAUGUGGAAGAGAGCCAGCAAGACACCUUUAAGAAUUAAAGAAUGCAGAGUGACUGGCUUGAUUGAGGGUCUAGAAUAUGAAUUUAGGGUAAUAGCUAUGAAUAUAGCCGGCCUUGGAAAGCCAAGCAAACCAACAGAGUCACUUGUUGCUCUUGAUCCAAUUGAUCCACCUGGAAAACCUGAUGUGAUCAGUGUCACAAGAAACAGUGUGACACUCAUUUGGACUAAACCCAAGUAUGAUGGUGGCCACAAACUGACUGGCUAUAUUGUUGAAAAAUUAGAGCAUCCAGGAAAAGUGUGGGCAAAGGCCAACCACGUGAAUAUCCAAAGCUGUGCAUUCACUGUAACAGACCUACAAGAGAGCUCCACAUAUGAGUUCAGAAUAAGAGCUAAGAAUGCUGCAGGGGCUAUCAGUGCUCCCUCAGAGAAAACUGAGCCUCUUCUCUGCAAAGAUGAAUAUGAACCACCUACUAUCACAAUUGACCCUGAAAUGAAGGAUGGUGUAACUGUAAAGGCUGGAGAAACAAUUGUCAUAACUGCAUCCAGUAUUCUGGGCAAACCUCCUCCUACAGCUGUGUGGUCUAAGGGUGGAAGAGAAUUUAAGCCUUCAGAUACUGUUGACAUUACAAGCACUCCCACAACUUCAACUUUGUCUAUUAAGUAUGCCAACAGAAAGAACACGGGAGAAUACACUAUUACUGCAAGCAAUCCAUUUGGAAUCAAAGAAGAAAAAGUUAAAGUUAAAAUCCUAGAUGUGCCAGGACCUCCAGGUCCUAUUGAACCCAGCAGUGUCUCUGCUGAGAAAUGCACACUGACAUGGUCGCCACCAGAAGAGGAUGGUGGCAGUACUAUUAAAUCAUAUAUAGUAGAAAAAAGAGAAACCAGUCGCCUUCUUUGGACAAAGCUUGCUGAAGAUGUCAUGGAUUGCCGCUGUGUUGCCAGCAAGUUGAUUAAGGGAAAUGAAUACAUAUUCCGUGUUUCAGCUGUUAAUCAAUAUGGCAUUGGUGAUGCAACACAGUCUGCACCAGUUAAAAUGGUUGAUAGCUUUGGACCCCCUGGGCCACCUUCCAAACCAGAAAUUGAUAAUGUCAGUGGAACUGCGGUAACCAUUUCCUGGAAGAGACCAAUUGUAGAUGGAGGAUGUGACAUUAGAGGCUAUAGUGUUGAAAGAAAAGAGAGAAGGGGUUUGAGAUGGGUGAGAGCCUCAAAAAAGAUAAUUUCAGAUCUUCGUUAUAAGGUUUCAGGCCUGACAGAGGGAGUUGAAUAUGAAUUCCGCGUAACUGCAGAGAAUAAAGCUGGUUUUGGUGAACCCAGCGAGCCAUCACAACAUGUACUGACAAAGGAUAUUGCAUAUCCACCUGGGCCUCCAUCCAAUCCAAGAAUUACUGAUACCACCAAAACGACUGCUACAUUUAAUUGGGGCAGACCUUUCUAUGAUGGUGGACUUGAUAUUUCAGGAUACAUUGUUGAGCAUAAAAAGGAAGGAGAUGAUGAUUGGGUUAAAGACACAACAACUCUACUGAGAAUAACUGAAUUUGUAGUUUCAAAUCUACAAUCAGGAGGAAAGUAUCAUUUCAGAGUCAGUGCAAUGAAUUCCGAAGGACUUGGGGAACCCUCUGAAGUUGAGAAAGUUGUAGAACUUGUGGAUAGAGAAGAGAUUCCUGACUUUGAACUUGAUGCAGAACUUAGAAGAACACUUGUCGUGAGAUCAGGUGGUUCAAUCCGUAUAUUUGUCCUGAUCAAGGGUCGUCCAGCUCCAGAAGUAACAUGGUAUAAAGAAGAUGUUCCUCUCAAAGGUCGUGCUCACAUUGACACUACUGAAUCAUACACUCUAGUAGUCAUCCCUGAGUGUACAAGAUAUGAUGCUGGUAAAUAUGUCCUGACAUUAGAGAAUGUUGCUGGAAAGAAGACUGGAUUUGUCAAUGUUCGUGUUGUUGACACUCCAGGGCCUCCAAUAAAUUUGAAACCAAGAGAAAUCACAAAAAAUAGCAUCAGUCUACAUUGGGAGAUUCCAUUUAUUGAUGGUGGUUCAAAAAUCAAAAAUUAUAUUAUUGAGAAGCGUGAGGCAACACGAAAGGCUUACUCAGUCAUUACUACAAACUGGCAGAAAUGCUCAUACAAGAUUCCAGAUUUAGAAGAAGGAGCUGAAUAUUUUUUCAGAGUGUCAGCAGAAAAUGAAAUGGGCAUUGGUGAACCAGCAGAGACACCCCAACCGAUCAGAGCUUCUCAGGCUCCUUCUGCACCAGAUAAUCUGAUUGUUUCAAAUGUGUCUAGGGAUACAGCAACUCUUGCAUGGACAAAACCAAAAUAUGAUGGCGGGACUCGAAUCACUGGCUAUGUAAUAGAGGCUCAACAAAAAGAUUUUGAUCAUUGGACCCAUGUGACAACAAUUAAAGCUUUGGAUUUUACUGCAACAGAUUUGGUGGAAAAUGCAGAAUAUGUGUUCCGCAUCUUUGCUGUGAACAGCUCAGGCAGGAGUGAACCUCGUGAAAGUCGACCGGUUGUAAUCAAGGAGCAAACCACAGUUCCAGGAUUUGACCUUAGAAGCAUAUACCAGAGGAUUGUGGUAGCUAAGGCAGGUGAUAAUCUUAAAGUAGAGAUUCCAGUUAUGGGAUGUCCAAGGCCACAUGUUGUAUGGAAAAAAGAAGAUCAGGAACUUAAACAGACACAGAGAAUCAACACUGAAAACACCACAACUUCUACCAUUCUCAACAUUAAUGAAAUAAGGAGGAAAGAUGGAGGACAGUAUUCAAUGACUGGAAAGAAUAUCUUAGGAACUGUGACUGAAACUAUUACUGUUCAAGUACAUGAUAUUCCAGGACCUCCAACUGGACCAGUAAAGCUGGAUGAAGUUUCUUGUGACUAUAUUCUAAUAUCAUGGGAUGCUCCAGAAAAUGAUGGAGGAGUGCCUAUUAAUAAUUACAUCGUUGAGAUGCGUGAGACAACUGGGACAUCCUGGGUGGAACUGGCAGCAACUGUUAUCCGCACAACAUUCAAAGCUGCACGCCUUACAACUGGAAUUGAAUAUCAAUUCCGUGUCAAAGCUGAAAAUCGAUAUGGAGUUGGGCCUUACAUAACAUCGGAAGCAGUAGUGGCUGCUUAUCCAUUUGAUGUUCCAGGACAGCCUGGAAUUCCACAAAUAGUUGCUUUCACUAAAGAUUCAAUGACAAUCAGCUGGAAUGAACCUUCUUCAGAUGGUGGUAGCCCAAUUUUGGGAUACCACAUUGAGAGGAAAGAGAAGAACAGCAUUCUCUGGCAGAGAAUCAGCAAAGCUUUAGUGAUUGGCAAUAUCUUUAAAUCGUCAGGUCUGAUUGAUGGAAUUGCAUAUGAAUUCCGUGUUAUUGCAGAAAAUAUUGCUGGUCUCAGUAAAGCAAGCAAACCCUCUGAGAUGGCAUAUGCACUUGAUCCUGUUGACCCUCCUGGUCAACCUGUGGCACUUAAUAUAACCAGACACGAAGUAACUCUUCAGUGGACAAAGCCUGAGAAUGAUGGUGGCUUUUCAAUAACUGGAUAUACAGUGGAAAAAAGAGAGCUGCCCAAUGGUCGCUGGCUUAGAGCCAACUUCAGCAACGUCCAUGAGACAAGCUUUACUGUAAGUGGUCUCACAGAAGAUGCUUCUUAUGAGUUCCGCGUUCUGGCAAGGAACUCAGCCGGAGCUGUCAGCAAACCGUCUAAACCUUCAGAGAUCAUUGUCUGCAGAGACGAUAUAGAGGAGCCAAAGAUUGAUGUUGAUGCAAGUUUCAAUAGUGUAGUGGUUGUGAAGGCAGGAGAUGUGUUUAAGCUCGAUGCAAAUGUUACGGGUCGCCCACUUCCAUCAUUGGUUUGGACUAAAGAUGGAAAGGAGCUGGAGGAGACUGGGAAGCUAGAUAUCAAAACAGGAGAUUUCUAUACAUGCCUGAUUCACAAAGAUUCUUUACGUAGAGAUGGUGGCGCAUACACUCUUACUGCUAGCAAUCCUGGAGGAUUUGCCAAAUUUGUCUUUAAUGUUAAAGUUCUUGACAGACCUGGCCCACCUGAGGGACCACUUCAUGUCACAGAUAUGACAACAGAGAAAUGUAUUCUGUCAUGGCUGCCACCGAUUCAUGAUGGAGGAGCAAAGAUUGAAUAUUACAUCAUUCAAAGACGAGAAACAAGCAGACUUACUUGGACAAAUGUAGCCACAGAAUUACAAGUUAACCGCUAUAAGGUUACCAAAUUGCUAACUGGAAAUGAAUAUAUCUUUCGAGUCAUGGCUGUGAACAAAUAUGGAGUUGGAGAACCUCUUGAAUCAGAGCCUGCUGUUGCCACCAAUCCAUAUGUGCCUUCUGAUCCUCCACAGACACCAGAAGUAACUGCUAUCACAAAAGAUUCCAUGGUAGUUUGUUGGGGACAUCCAGAAUACGAUGGAGGAAGUAGUAUAAUUACCUACAUAAUUGAAAGGAGAGAUAAAACUGGUCUUCGUUGGGUAAAAUGCAAUAAAAGGACAGUUACUGAUUUGCGCUUCAAAGUCUCUGGUCUAACAGAUGGACAUGAGUAUGAAUUUAGAAUCUUUGCUGAAAAUGCUGCUGGCUUAAGUGCACCAAGCCCUUCAAGUCCAUUCUAUAAGGCGUGUGACACAAUAUUCAAACCUGGCCCACCUGGAAACCCUAGAGUUCUAGACACAUCUAAAUCAUCUAUUACUAUUGCAUGGAAUAAACCAGUUUAUGAUGGUGGUUCAGAUAUCACAGGAUAUACUGUUGAAACUUGCCUGCCUGAGGAAGAUGAAUGGACAAUUGUCACUCCGAGAAAGGGCCUAACAGCCACAUCAUUCACUAUAACAAACCUUACAGAAAACCAAGAAUAUAAGAUCAAUAUUUCAGCUCUUAACUGUGAGGGUGUUGGUGAACCUGCCUCUGUCCCUGGUUCUCCUAAAGCAGAAGAUAGACUUCUUCCACCUGAAAUUGAGCUUGACUCAGACCUUCGCAAAUUAAUCAACAUCAGAGCUUGCAGCACCUUAAGAUUAUUUGUGCCAUUAAAAGGAAGACCUGCACCAGAAGUCAGAUGGUCACGGGAGAAUGGCGAACCCCUUGAUAAAGCCUCUAUCGAGAUUACACCAUCCUUCACUACACUGCGUAUUGAGAAUGUUGACAGAUAUGAUGGAGGAAAAUAUAUGCUCACAGUGGAAAAUUGUUCAGGAGUUAAAUCAGCUUUUAUUAAUGUUCGUGUGCUUGACACCCCUGAUGCGCCACAAAACCUUACAAUCAGAGAAAUCACAAAAGAUUCAGUUUCACUUAUCUGGGAUCCCCCAAUCAUUGAUGGAGGAUCAAGAAUCAGGCAUUACAUUGUUGAAAAACGUGAAUCUACAAGAAAAGCAUACUCGAUUGUUAAUGCUUCUUGCCCCAAAACAAGUUGGAGAAUUGGUGAUUUACAAGAGGGAAACAUGUAUUGUUUCAGAGUUUUGGCUGAGAAUGAGUAUGGUGUUGGUCUUCCAGUAGAGACACCAGAGGCUAUCAAAGUGUCUGAGAGGCCUCUUCCUCCUGGUAAAGUAACUCUAAAAGAGGUAACUGGCAACAGUGUAACACUUUCUUGGGAGAAGCCAGACCAUGAUGGAGGAAGCAGAAUUACUGGUUACAUUGUUGAAAUGCAGGGAAAAUAUAGUGAAAAGUGGACCCAAGUUAUGACUGUUAAACUAACUGAGGCAGUUGUUGUUGGUCUGAUACAAGGUGAAGAAUACUCCUUCCGCAUUUCUGCAACUAAUGAAAAGGGAACUAGUGAUCCACGUCAACUUAAUGUUCCUGUGGUCGCCAUGGACGUUGUUUUAACUCCUACUUUCAAACAUUUAUUUAGUACAUACAGUGUUCUGGCAGGAGAUGAUCUUAAAAUUGAUGUACCUUAUGUUGCUCAGCCCAAGGCAGCAGUAACCUGGCAUAAAGAUGGUGUUGCACUAAAAGAGACAACAAGAGUAAAUUCUGAAGUAGCCGAUAAUCAUCUUUACCUUGUGAUAAAGGAGGCCACACGAGAUGAUGUUGGCAAAUAUACUAUUAAACUGACAAACUCUGCAGGUGAGGCUACAACAGAUAUCAGUGUGAUUAUACUUGAUAAACCUGGCCCUCCUACUGGUCCAAUCAAAAUAGAUGAGGUAACAGCAGAUAGUGUUACCCUUUCAUGGCAACCACCAGAGUAUGAAGGUGGAUGUUCUAUUAAUAACUACAUUGUGGAAAAGAGAGACACAUCUACCACAAUCUGGCAGAUUGUGUCUGCAACAGUAGCUAGAACUACAAUAAAAGCUGCAAGAUUAAAAACUGGGUGUGAGUAUCAAUUUAGGGUUGCUGCUGAAAAUCGAUAUGGAAAGAGUUCAGUUCUUCUUUCUGACACGGUUGUUGCACAAUAUCCCUUUGAGAUUCCGAGUCCACCUGGAACUCCUACUAUACAAUCUGCAACCAAAGAAAGUAUGGUUAUUGUGUGGAACAAACCAAGUAAUGAUGGAGGAAGCAAGAUUUUAGGAUAUCACCUCGAGAGCAAGGAAAGAAACAGCCUCUUAUGGGUGAAACAAAACAAAACGCUCAUCCCAGACACACGAUUCAAGAUAGGUAACCUUGAAGAGGGCAUUGAAUAUGAAUUUAGAGUUUAUGCAGAAAAUAUAGUGGGUCAAAGCAAAGCAAGCAAAGUAUCCGAAAUCAGGGUGGCAAGAGAUCCAUGUGAUCCUCCAGGAAAACCUGAAGCAGUGAUUGUCACAAGAAGCUCUGUAACACUCAGAUGGACACCACCACAGUUUGAUGGUGGCAGCAAAAUCAUCGGAUAUCUCAUUGAGAAAAAAGAGUUGCCUAGUGGCCGGUGGAUGAAAGCCAGUUUUACUAAUAUUAUUGAGACCGAAUUUGUUGUCAGUGGCUUGGUAGAAGAACAGCAAUAUGAGUUCCGUGUAAUAGCAAGAAAUGCUGCAGGUGUGUCCAGUGCUCCAUCAGAUAGUACCGGUGCUAUUACAGCAAAGGAUGAAGUUGAUCCACCCCAAAUUGACUUGGAUGCCAAAUAUUCUCAAACUAUUAUUGUUAAUGCUGGGGAAUCAUUCAAAGUUGAAGCAGGAAUACUUGGCAAACCUAUUCCUUCAGUUCAUUGGAUAAAAGCUAAUGAAGAGCUUACAAAUACGGCUAGGCUUGAAAUCAAGAAUACUGACUUCACAACCAUUCUCAGUGUAAAGGAGGCUAUUCGUGUUGAUGGAGGCCAGUAUACUUUGCUACUGAAAAAUGUUGGUGGAGAGAAAUCAGUAAGUGUCAAUGUAAAGGUUCUAGACAGACCUGGGCCCCCAGAAGGCCCUAUUUCUAUCUAUGGGGUUACCAGUGAAAAGUGUUCUAUUGCAUGGAAAACUCCACUUCAUGAUGGAGGCGCUGAUGUGUCUCAUUACAUUGUUGAAAGAAGAGAGACCAGCAGAUUAGUUUGGACAGUUGUGGAAUCGAAGGUGCAAACCCUUAAUCUCAAGAUCACAAAACUACUUCCUGGAAAUGAAUAUAUUUUCAGAGUAAUGCCUGUAAAUAAAUAUGGAAUUGGUGAGCCUCUUGAAUCUGAUGCAGUGAUUGCUGCAAAUCCAUUUGUGCCACCUGAUGCACCAAGCAAUGUUGAAGUGUCAAAUAUAACAAAGGAUUCAAUGGUUAUUACCUGGGAAAGACCCACUAAUGAUGGUGGCAACCCAAUUUCAGGAUAUAUUGUUGAAAAAAGAGACAAAGAAGGUGUUAGAUGGACAAGAUGCAACAAACGUGGAGUAAGUGAACUACGCUUUAGAGUAACAGGACUUCUUGAAAAUCGAAGUUAUGAAUUCCGUGUGUCUGCUGAGAAUGCAGCUGGAGUUGGUAAACCAAGUUCACCCACAGUGUACUUCAAGGCAGUGGAUCCAGUCUUCAAGCCAGGUCCACCAAACAACCCUAAGGUUAUUGAUGUCUCAAGGGCAUCUGUUGUCCUGCAUUGGGGCAAGCCUAUUUAUGAUGGUGGUUGUGAGAUUCAAGGCUAUAUUGUUGAAGCCUGUGAAGGCACAUCCGAUGAAUGGAUGAUAUGCACACCACCGUCAGGUAUAACAGAAACAAGAUUUGAAGUUAAAAAACUGCUUGAAAAACAUGAGUAUAAAUUCAGAAUAUGUGCUAUAAACAAGGUUGGUCUUGGGGAAACUGCUGAUAUACCAGGAUCCAUUCUCUUGGAUGAUAAACUUGAGGCACCAGAUAUUGAUCUUGAUGCGGACCUCAGAAAGAUGAUCACUGUUAGGGCUGGAGGCUCACUUAGAUUGUUUGUUCCUAUCCGUGGCCGGCCCACCCCUGAAGUCAAGUGGGGAAAGGCUGAAGGUGAAAUCAAUGAGACAGCACAGAUUGACAUUACUAGCAGUUUCACAUCACUCAUAAUUGAAAAUGUUAAUAGAUUUGACAGUGGAAAAUACACGUUAACGCUGGAAAAUGCAAGUGGGACAAAAACCGCAUUUAUUAGUGUUAAAGUAUUGGAUACUCCUGAUGCACCCGCAAACUUCCGUGUGAAGGAAAUAACCAAGAAUUCAGUCACUCUUACCUGGGAGCCACCUUUACUGGAUGGUGGUGCUAAGAUAAAAAAUUACAUUGUUGAAAAACGAGAGAGUACAAGAAAAGUAUACUCUCCUGUUGCUACAUGCAACAAGAUGACAUUGAAAAUCGAACCACUGCCAGAGGGAGGCAUCUAUUUCUUUAGAGUUCUUGCUGAAAAUGAGCAUGGUAUUGGGUUGCCUGCAAAAACCCCAGAACCACUUAAAAUCUCAGAAGUGCCACAACCCCCUGGUAAAGUUUCUGUAGUGGAUGUUACACGGAAGAGUGUGUCCCUUGCCUGGGAAAAACCAGAGCAUGAUGGAGGCAGCAGAAUUACCCACUAUGAAGUUGAAAUGCAGGCAAUGGAUCAAGAUAAAUGGUCUCUUUGUGCUCAAGUGAAAACCCUUGAUGCUGUUGUAACUAAUUUAGCCCAAGGUGGGGAGUACAAUUUCAGAGUCAUUGCAGUAAAUGACAAAGGAAAAAGUGAUCCCAGACUUCUGGCCAAUCCUGUGGUUGCUAAAGACCUCACUAUUGAGCCCUCAGUGAGAACAAAGCUUAGUUCCUACAGUGUACAGGUUGGACAAGAUUUGAAAAUUGAAGCGCGAAUAACUGGCCAUCCAAAACCAACCAUUGCAUGGACCAAAGAUGGUUCAGCUCUGAAACAGACAACAAGAGUAAAUGUUGCUGACACCGCACAACAAACCACCCUAAACAUCAAAGAUGCAACAAGAGAAGAUGGUGGUAUGUAUACCAUAGCUGUGGCUAAUGCACUUGGCCAGGCGGAAGCCACUGUUGAAAUAAUUAUACUUGAAAAACCUGGCCCACCAACAGGCCCAGUCAGGAUUGAUGAAGUAAGUGCAGAGAGCAUAACACUUUCUUGGGACCCACCAACAUAUACUGGAGGCUGCCAGAUUUCAAAUUAUAUUGUCCAAAAAAGGGACACUACUACAACCAACUGGGUAGUAGUUUCUGCCACCGUGGCAAGGACUACACUUAAAGUUGGAAAUUUAAAAACUGGAGCUGAAUACCAGUUUAGGAUCUUUGCUGAGAAUAGAUAUGGUAAAAGCUAUGGUAUUGACUCAGACCCAGUACUUGCCCAGUAUCCUUUCAAAGAGCCUGGGCCUCCAGGAACCCCAUUUGUGUCUGCACACACAAAAGACUCUAUGGUUGUUCAAUGGCACAAACCAGUCUCAGAUGGUGGAAGUGCUAUUUUAGGAUAUCAUCUUGAGAGAAAAGAGAAAAAUAGUAUUCUUUGGACAAAGAUCAAUAAAACACUUAUUCAAGACACCAGAUUUAAAACUUCUCCAUUGGAGGAGGGCAUUGAAUAUGAGUUCAAAGUGUAUGCUGAAAACAUAGUUGGAAUUGGAAAUUGCAGCAAAAUCUCUGAAGGUUGUGUGGCACGUGACCCAUGUGAUCCACCAGGCACACCUGUGCCAGUGAUUGUGACAAGGCACUCAGUAAAACUCAGAUGGACACCACCAGAAUACGAUGGAGGCAGUCUUGUCACUGGAUAUGUUGUGGAGAAACGAGACCUGCCAGAAGGCCGUUGGAUGAAAACUAGUUUUACAAACAUUCUUGAAACUGAAUUUACCGUCACAGGUCUAACAGAAGACUGCAAAUAUGAUUUCAGAGUUAUUGCCAGAAAUGGAGCUGGAUCAGUCAGUAAACCCUCUGAAAGCACAGGUUCAAUUACAGCCAAGGAUGAAGUUGAUCCACCAACCUAUGAGAUUGCCUCAGAGUAUAGCCAAAUUUUGACAGUGAAUGCUGGAGAAACAUUUACGCUGGAAGCAUCUGUAUUAGGAAAGCCAAUUCCAACAAUGCAGUGGUUUAAGGGUGAUGUGGAAGUUGAAAAUUCAGCAAGAGCAGAGAUCAAAAACACAGAUUUCAAAGCAAUUCUUGUUGUUAAAGAUGCCAUUAGAAUUGAUGGAGGACAAUACACAUUACACCUCACUAAUGUAGCGGGAACCAAGUCUGUUCCUUUCAAUGUCAGAGUGCUUGAUAGACCUGGCCCCCCUGAAGCACCUUUCACUGUCUCAGGUGUAACAUGUGAGAAGUGCUCAUUGUCAUGGCUACCUCCAAGGCAUGAUGGUGGGAGCAGUAUUUCCCAUUAUAUUAUACAGAAGAGAGAAACCAGUCGUCUUGCUUGGACUGUAGUUUCAAGUGACUGUGUAGCAACCAUGUGUAAAGUUACAAAGCUUCUUAAAGGAAAUGAAUACAUCUUCCGUGUCAUGGCUGUCAACAAAUAUGGUGAAGGUGAACCACUUGAAUCUGCACCAGUAUUUAUGAAAAAUCCUUUUGUUCCACCUGGGCCACCUAAAGACAUAGAAAUAACAAAUAUUUCAAGGGACUCUAUGACAGUAUGCUGGACUCGUCCUGAUAAUGAUGGUGGAAGUGAGAUCGUUGGUUACAUUGUUGAGAAGCGAGACAGAGCUGGGGUCCGAUGGACAAAAUGUAACAAACGCAGAAUCACAGACUUACGUUUCAGGGUCAUGGGCUUGACAGAGGAUCAUGAAUAUGAAUUCAGGUUAUCUGCAGAGAAUGCUGCAGGUGUUGGGCAACCAAGUCCACCGACUAUUUACUACAAAGCUUGUGAUCCAACAUUUAAGCCUGGUCCACCAACUAAUGCACACCUUGUUGACACAACAAAGAAUUCAGUCACCAUUGCAUGGAGUCGACCAAUUUAUGAUGGUGGUUUGGAGAUCCAGGGCUAUGUUGUUGAGAUAUGUAAAGCUGAUGAAGAAGAAUGGAUCACAUGUACUCCACCCACUGGAAUAAAUGAUACUAAAUUUACAGUUACUAAACUUAUUGAACACCAAGAAUACAAAAUUCACAUAUGUGCCUUAAAUAGGCUGGGUGUUGGUGAGCCAGUGGCCAUCCAAGGAACAGUAAAACCAGUGGAUAAGAUGGAUGCCCCAGAAAUUGAGCUUGACUCAGAGUUGAGGAAAGGUAUUGUUUUACAUGCUGGAGGAUCUACGAAAAUCUGCAUACCUUUUAAAGGACGCCCCACUCCUGAGAUAACCUGGACCAAGGAUGAUGGAGAUUUGCCAGAUAGGGUUCAAAUAGAAAAGGGACCAGAUUACACUCAGCUGUCAAUCAAUAUAUGUGAUAGAAAUGAUGCUGGAAAAUAUACUCUGACUUUAGAAAAUAAUGCUGGUACUAAGUCAGCAUUUGUCUCAGUAAAAGUACUGGAUACACCUGGUGCUCCACUGAACCUUGCUGUAAAAGAUGUAACAAGAAAUUAUGUCACCCUUGUUUGGGAGCCUCCACUCAUUGAUGGUGGUUCAAAAAUAAAAAAUUACAUAGUUGAUAAGCGUGACUCUAAAAGAAAAGGAUUUACAAACGUUACUACCAAAUGCACUAAAACUAGCUUCCGAGUUGGUGAUCUUACUGAAGGUGGAAUUUAUUAUUUCAGAGUCAUGGCAGAAAAUGAGUUUGGAAUUGGUCUGCCUGUGGAAACAGAAGAAUCUGUAAAGACAGCUGAUCCUCCUUUGCCAGUUGGUAAGGUCACUUUGACUGAUGUGACAAAAACCACAGCAUCACUGUCUUGGGAUAAACCAGAUCACGAUGGUGGUAGUAGAAUCUUAGGAUAUUACAUUGAGAUGCAGCCAGAAGGAUUAGAAGAGUGGGUAGUAGCAGCUGUCACCAAGACAUGUGAAGGUACAGUCACAGGACUCAGUUCAGGACAAGAGUACUUUUUCAGAAUUUUAGCCUACAAUGAAAAAGGAAAAAGUGAUCCAAGACCAUUAGCAGCUCCUGUCAUUGCUAAAGAUGUUACUAUUGAACCAAGCUUCAAAUUACUAUUUAACACAUACAGUGUUAAAUCUGGUGAUGAUCUUAAAGUGGAAAUACCAUUUAGAGGACGCCCAGCUCCGAAGAUUGCAUGGUCAAAAGAUGGACAAGCACUGAAAGAAACAACCAGAUUAAAUGUUUCAAGCACUUCAACAUUAUCAGUUCUUAAAAUUAAAGAUGCAAAUAGGGAAGAUUCUGGAAAAUACACAAUUACGGCUACAAACAGUGUAGGUACAGUCACAGAGGAGAUUGGCAUAGUCAUCCUUGACAAACCAGGCCCACCAGUUGGACCAGUCAAAAUUGAUGAAGUAAGUGCCACCUAUGUUAUCAUCUCUUGGGAGCCACCAGUAUACACAGGUGGGUGUCAGAUAAACAACUACAUAGUGGAAAAACGUCGUACAACCACUACCAACUGGCAGACUGUUUCAGCAACUAUUGCUCGAACCACAAUCAAAAUAUCUAAAUUACAGACUGGUAUAGAAUAUCAGUUCAGAGUGUUUGCUGAGAAUAGAUAUGGGAAGAGCACAUCAUUGGAUUCAAUACCAGUUGUUGUCAGUUAUCCAUUCACUGAGCCAGCAGCUCCAGGUGCACCUUUUGUUUCAUCUGUGACAAAAGACCAUAUGUUAAUUGAAUGGAGACCGCCCAGCAAUAAUGGUGGUAGCCCUGUGAUUGGUUAUCACCUAGAGCGCAAGGAGAAGAACAGUAUAUUGUGGACAAAACUUAACAAGCUUCUUAUCCCUGACACUCGAUUAAGAACAAAUGGUUUAGAGGAGGGAAUUGAAUAUGAAUACAGGGUAUAUGCUGAAAAUAUUGCAGGAGUCAGUCCACCAAGCAAAGUCUCAGAAAGUAUUGUUGCACGUGAUCCAUGUGAUCCCCCAGGAACACCUGAGGCCAUUGUUAUUACAAGAAACCUAAUAACUCUUCAGUGGGCUAAACCACAGUAUGAUGGUGGCAGUGCAAUCACAGGAUAUAUCAUUGAAAGGAAAAAGCUGCCUGAAGGACGUUGGAUGAAAGCAAGUUUCACAAAUAUUAUAGAAACACAAUUUACAAUAACUGGACUAGAAGAAGAACAAAGAUAUGAGUUUAGAGUAAUUGCCAGAAAUGCAGCUGGUAUUUUAAGUGUACCCUCUGAAAGCACUGGACCAAUUACUGCUCAGGAUGAGAUUGAAGCUCCAUCAGUCUCAAUGGAUUCAAAAUUUAAAGAUGUGUUGAUUGUAAAAGCUGGCGAGACCUUUACUAUUGAUGGUGACAUCGCUGGUAAACCUCUCCCUGAUAUUGUGUGGCUUAAGGAUGGAAAGGAAAUUGAUAGUGCCACUCCUAGAAUGGAGAUUAAAUCUACCAUCACACGGACGGUUCUUACGGUCAAGGACUGCAUUAGAGUAGAUGGUGGUAAUUUCACCUUAAGUCUAAGUAAUGUUGGUGGAACAAAGCAGGUACCCAUUAAUGUUAAGGUUCUUGAUAGACCUGGGCCACCCGAUGGUCCAAUGAAAGUAACUGGUGUAACAGCAGAAAAAUGUUAUUUGCACUGGAGCCACCCAUCCCAUGAUGGUGGAGCAAGUAUUUCUCACUAUAUUAUUGAAAAAAGGGAAACCAGCAGAUUGUCUUGGACAGUAGUGGAACCCAAAAUUCAAGCAAUCAGUCACAAAGUUACUAAACUCUUACCAGGUAAUGAGUACAUAUUUAGGGUCAUGGCUGUAAACAAGUAUGGCAUUGGUGAGCCACUUGAAUCAGAACCUGUCCUUGCAAAAAAUCCUUUCAACACGCCCAGUCCACCUUCAACUCCAGAAGCAAGUGCGAUCACCAGAGAUUCAAUUGUCCUCACAUGGGAGCGGCCAGAGGAUGAUGGUGGAUCACAAAUUGAUGGUUAUGUUCUUGAGAAACGUGAUAAAGAGGGUAUUCGAUGGACAAAGUGCAACAAGAAACGACUAAGUGACUUACGUUUUAGAGUCACUGGGCUGACAGAGGGACACUUCUAUGAAUUUAGAGUGUCUGCUGAGAAUGCUGCUGGUGUGGGCAAACCAAGUGAACCAUCUGAAUAUUACAAAGCUUGUGAUGCAAUUUAUCCACCUGGUCCUCCUAAUAAUCCUAAAGUGACAGACCAUUCAAGCACAACUGUUUCCUUGGCCUGGAGCAGACCCAUUUAUGAUGGUGGGGCAGCAAUCUCAGGAUACAUUGUUGAGAUGAAGGAAGCUAAUGAAGAUGAUUGGACUGUGUGCACUCCACCGACUGGUGUACAAACACCUCAUUUUACUGUCAAAAAACUAAAGGAAAAUGCAGAAUACAACUUCCGUGUUUGUGCAGUUAACAUUGAGGGGGCUGGAGAGCAUGUUGAUGUCCCAGGGUCUGUAAUUGCAGCUGAAAAACUAGAAGCUCCUGAGGUAGAACUUGAUGCAGAUCUUAGGAAAUGCGUGACUGUGCGUGCCAGUGGAACACUUCGCUUAUUUGUAACCAUAAGGGGAAUGCCUGAGCCUGAGGUUAAGUGGACAAAGGCAGAUGGAACCUUACCGGAGCGUGCUCAAGUUGAAGUUACAAGCUCUUAUACAAUGCUUGUCAUUGACAAUGUUUCCCGGUUUGACACUGGCAAAUAUGUCUUGACUCUUAUAAACAAUAUUGGCACAAAAUCUGCAUUUGUUAAUGUAAAAGUGCUUGACUCUCCAAGUGCUCCAAUGAACUUUGAAAUUAAGGAUGUGAAGAGAGAUUCAGUGCAACUACAAUGGGAGCCUCCACAAAUUGAUGGUGGAGCCAAGAUCACUCAUUACAUUGUGGAGAAGCGUGAAGCUAAAAGAAUGGCAUUCACUACUGUGACAAACAACUGUGUCAGAAAUACAUUUAAGGUUGAUGAUCUACAAGAAGGAGGCUUAUACCACUUCCGUGUAUUAGCUGUAAAUGAACUUGGUGUUGGUCUGCCUGCUGAGACCACAGAGGCAGUUAAAGUCUCCCAAGCACCUCUACCACCUGGUAAAGUUACAGUAGUUGAUGUGACCCGCCACAGUGUUACUCUUGCAUGGGAAAAGCCUGAUCAUGAUGGUGGUAGCAAAAUCACAGGCUACACUGUUGAAAUGUUGACUGAAGGAUCAGAUAAAUGGACUAUAUGUGCUACAGUAAAAGCACUGGAAGCCAAAAUUGAAGGACUUUCAACAGGAGAGGAAUAUAGCUUUAGAAUUACAGCUCUUAAUGACAAAGGAAAAAGUGAUCCUAAACCACUUGGAGCACCUGUUGUGGCAAAGGAUAUUACUGUUGAACCUAUUAUUAAUUUGCUUUUUAACACUUACAGUGUGAAAGCAGGUGAUGAUCUCAAAAUAGAUGUUCCAUUCAGAGGCAGGCCUCAGCCAGAGGUUACAUGGAAAAAGGAUGGACAGUUAUUAAAGCAAACUACCAGAGUAAAUGUUCUGCCAUCAAAGACAUCAUCUAAAAUCAUUAUCAAAGAUGCAACAAGGGAGGAUGCCGGGAAAUAUGAAAUAACAUUAACUAACUCGAUUGGUGUUAAAUCAGCAGAAAUAUCUGUCAUUGUCCUUGAUAAGCCAGGUCCACCAGGUGCAAUCAGGGUAGAUGAAGUAAGUGCUGAUUUUAUUUCAUUGUCAUGGGACCCUCCUAUUUAUGAUGGUGGCUGUCAAAUCAAUAAUUAUGUGGUUGAGAAAAGAGAUACAACCACUACAACAUGGCAGAUUGUUUCAGCAACAGUUGCGCGGACAUCAAUCAAAGUAAUUCGUCUAACACAAGGAAUAGAAUAUCAAUUCCGUAUUGCUGCAGAGAACCGUUAUGGUAAAAGUCAUGCUGUAGACUCUACCCCAGUAGUUGCACAAUAUGCCUUUACACCUCCAGGCCCUCCAACUAGUCUUCAAGUUUCUCAUGCCACUAAAUCAGGAAUGCUAGUAACAUGGAACAGACCAGCAAGUGAUGGUGGAAGUCCAGUCGUUGGAUAUCACUUGGAGUUCAAGGACCAAAGCAGUAUUCUUUGGACAAAGUUGAACAGAGGUCUUAUUACAGAAACUCAUUUCAAAGUAACUGGUAUAGAAGAAGGUCUUUACUAUCAGUACAGAGUAUAUGCUCAGAACUUAGCUGGCAUUGGUCCCUGCACAAAGGCAUGUGAUCCUGUUGCUGCUCGCGAUCCAUGUGAUCCUCCAGGUCAACCAAAAAUCAUGAACAUAACAAGAACAUCAGUUUUUCUGUCCUGGGAUAAACCUGAGUAUGAUGGUGGGGCCAAGGUGACUGGUUACAUUGUUGAAAGAAAAGAACUUCCAGAUGGCCGGUGGUUAAAGUGCAACUUUACCAACCUUCAAGAAACAUUUUUUGAUGUGACUGGCCUGACUGAAGAUCAAAGAUAUGAUUUCCGUAUUAUUGCAAAGAAUUCAGCUGGUUUGCUCAGUGAACCAUCAGAGUGUACAGGACCUGUAACUGUAAAAGAUGAUGUUGAUCCACCACGUAUCACAAUUGAAGAUAAGUUAAGACAACUAGUUGUUGUGAAGGCUGGAGAUCUACUGAGAAUUGAUGCUGAAAUUUCUGGCCGUCCCAUUCCAGUGAUAUCUUGGGCAAAGGACGGAAAAGAAAUUGAAGCUAAAGCAAGAGUUGAGAUUUCUUCAACACUUACAUCUACAACACUAAUUGUAAGGGAUGCCAUUAGAAGAGACUCAGGACAAUAUGUUCUAACAUUACACAAUGUUGCUGGCACCAGAUCAUUAGCAGUGAACUGUAAGGUUCUGGACAGGCCUGGCCCAUCAUCUGGGCCAUUGGAAGUAAGUGGUUUAACUGCAGAGAAAUGUACAUUGGCAUGGGGGCCACCGCAAGAAAAUGGUGGUGCUGAAAUUCAGCACUACAUAGUUGAGAAACGUGAGACAAGUCGUCUUGCAUGGACUCUAGUCUAUGCAGACAUGAGGGCCACAACAUGUAAAGUUACAAAGCUUCUCAAAGGUAAUGAAUACAUAUUUAGAGUUCUUGGAGUUAAUAAAUAUGGAACCGGUGAAGUUCUGGAGAGUGAUCCUGUAAAGGCAAUGGAUCCAUUUACAGUCCCUGCUGCACCAACAAAUGUUGAAGUCACCAGUGUAACAAGCAAUGCAAUGACAAUCUGCUGGGAAAGACCUGUGUCUGAUGGUGGAAGUAGUAUUUCCAACUAUGUGAUUGAGAAACGUGAGAAAGCUGGUCUUCGCUGGGUCCGUGUCAACAAAAAGCCUGUUUAUGACUUAAGAGUCAAAGCUUCAAAUCUUCGUGAAGGAUGUGAAUAUGAGUACAGAGUCUAUGCAGAGAAUGCUGCUGGUCUGAGUGCACCGAGUGUGCCCUGCCCACUUACAAAGGCAGAGGAUCCAUUGUUCCUUCCAUCACCUCCAGCUAAACCUAAAGUAAUUGAUUCUUCCAAAACAUCAAUAACACUGUCUUGGAACAAACCAUUAUUUGAUGGUGGCUCUCCAGUUACAGGAUACAUGGUGGAAUAUAGAAACACCAGUGAUGAGGACUGGACAACCGGAGUCCUUAACACUACAGGCACUGAGUUCACAGUGGUGGGACUCAUUUCAGGGGCAGAGUAUGUCUUUGUAGUCAGAUCAAUUAACAAGAUUGGACCAAGUGAACCAAGCCCUGAAACCGAUCCACAGAUAGCAAAGGACAGAGAAGAUGAACCAGUUUUCCUGAUCAGUAAUGAAAUGAGAAAGACACUGAUUGUCAAAGAUGGCAGUUCAUUUACCCUCAGAGUCCCAUUCAAGGGUAAGCCUGUACCAUAUGUAAGGUGGAACAAGCCAGAUGUUGAUUUGAGAGUGCGAGCUGCUAUUGAUACCACAGAUAACUGCACAUCUAUUACAAUUGAGCAAGCCACAAGAGAUGACUCAGGGAAAUACACUGUAACUCUCCAAAAUGUUGCUGGAACUGCUACACUGACAUUGAGUGUUAAAGUUCUUGAUUCUCCAGGACCACCAGCACAUAUUACAGUAAAGGAAGUUACAAAGAGCUCAGCAACUAUUACAUGGGACACGCCUGAGAAUGAGGGUGGGGCUCCAGUCAAGAACUACCUUGUGGAUAUCCGUGAGACAACUAAAAUGGGAUGGACCAGAGUUACAGACAGCUGCCCCCGGCUAACUUAUAGAGUGAAUGACCUUCAAGAAGGGGGUGUUUAUUAUUUCAGAGUAACUGGCGAAAAUGAAUAUGGUAUAGGAGUACCACUUGAGACCAAAGAGGGAACUAAGAUUACAGAAAAACCAAGUCCACCACCCAAGCUCGGUGUCAGUGAUGUCACAAAAGACAGUGUCUCACUUUCCUGGCUUAAACCAGAACAUGAUGGAGGUAGCAGAAUUACAAAUUAUCUAGUCGAGGCCCUUGAGAAAGGACAGCAGAAGUGGAUAAAGUGUGGUUCCACCAAAUCAACUCACUUUGUUGUCUAUGGAUUGAGAGAGAAUGCUGAGUACUACUUCAGAGUACAGGCUGAAAACCAUGCUGGACUUAGCGAUCCCAAGGACAUGGUUUUGCCUGUGCUUGUAAAGGAUCAACUAGAGGCACCUGAGAUUAACAUGAAGGACUUCCAACACAACACUGCCUAUGUUAAGGCAGGUUCAAAUCUAAAGAUUGAGAUCCCUCUAACUGGUAAACCAUUACCAAAAGUAUCGCUUUCUAAGGAUGGACAGGUUUUGAAAUCAACCAUGAGAUUCAACUCUGAUGUGACGACCGACUCCCUUAUCAUUACUUUGCGCGAAAGUGUUGCUUUGGAUGCAGGCAGAUAUGAUAUCACAGCCUCAAACUCCAGUGGAACCACAAAGUCCUUUGUGAAUAUUGUAGUUCUCGACAGACCAAGCCCACCAGUUGGCCCUGUUGAAAUGUGUGAUGUCAAAGAAGACAGUUUAAGUCUGAAAUGGUUGCCUCCCAACUAUGAUGGUGGUAGUCCAAUCACCAACUAUAUUGUUCUCAAACGUGAGACCACUACUGCAAACUGGAUAGAAGUCUCAUCUGCUGUUGCAAGGUGCACAAUCAAGAUCAUGAAGCUGAUUACAGGAGUUGAGUACCAGUUCAGGAUCAGGGCUGAGAAUCGCUUUGGCAUCAGUGACCACAUUGAUUCACCCACUGUUUCUGUCAGUCUUCCAUACACAAUUCCAUCGGAACCUUCACAACCAUGGGUAUCAGCUGUAACAAAGGAGUGUGUUACUGUUAACUGGAAGGAGCCAUCGUCUGAUGGUGGGAGCAAUGUCUUUGGGUACCAUCUUCAGAUGAAAAACAGCAACAGCAUCCUUUGGCAGAAAGUUAAUAAAACUCUUAUCCGUGCUACACACUUCAAAGUAUCAAGCGUGAGCUCUGGGCUGAUCUAUGAAUUCAAAGUUGCAGCUGAAAAUGCUGCUGGUAUUGGUCCAGUCAGCAAGCCUUCAGAUCCUGUGCUUGCAAUUGAUGCUUGUGAACCUCCAAACAACCUUAGAGUCACUGAUAUUACCAAGAGUUCAAUUAGUCUUGCCUGGCAGAAACCCUCAUAUGAAGGAGGAAGCAAAAUUACUGGAUAUAUAAUUGAAAGAAAAGAUUCUCCAAAAGGCAGAUGGUCGAAAGUUAAUUUGACAAAUGUUGCUGACACAGUGUUCACAGUAUCAGGCUUGACUCAGAAUGAAUCUUAUGAGUUCAGAGUCAUGGCUAAGAAUGCAAUUGGCUCCAUUAGUAAACCAUCAGCAACUGUUGGACCAGUCACAUGUGUAGACACAUUUGGUGCACCUGAAAUUGAACUUCCACAAGAAUAUCUUGAUGUUGUCAAAUAUAAAGCUGGAGCUACAAUUGAUCUUAAAGUUGGGGUUAUUGCUAAACCUCAACCAACAAUUGAAUGGUACAAAGAUGGAAAGGAGCUUGAGCCUGGAGCUCAGUUAACCAUCUCCAGCACCACAGAUUCAGCAAGCAUCUCAGUCAGGGAUGCCACACGUUUAAAUACUGGAACGUAUGAACUCAAGAUCAAGAAUUCUUUAGGCUCAGCAUAUUGUGCUAUCAGAGUACUUGUCCAAGACAAACCAGGACCUCCUGGAGAGAUACAGUUCAAGAAAAUCACAGCAGAUACUAUGACAAUCAUGUGGGAUCCUCCAGCUGAUGAAGGUGGUGCAAUGGUGACACACUACAUUGUAGAAAAACGUGAGACAAGCAGAAUUAUGUGGUCCAUAAUCUCAGAAAAGAUGGAAGACUGCAUUGUCACCGUCCAAAGGCUCAUUAAGGGCAACGAAUAUAUAUUCCGUGUUCGUGGUGUAAACAAAUAUGGAGUUGGAGAUCCUUUGGAAUCUAGACCAGUUAUUGCACAGAAUUCCUUUGUUCCUCCGAGUCGUCCCUCUAAACCUCAAGUUACAAUGAUUACCAAGUCAACAAUGACCGUGGUAUGGGAAAGACCAAGUGUGGAUGGCGGCAGCGAUAUUGAUGGAUAUUACUUAGAAAAGCGGGAAAUCAAGAGUCUACAGUGGUUCAAGGUUAUUAAAGAUCAAAUUCGUGACACCAGACAAAAAGUCAGCAACCUCACAGAUGGAAAUGAAUAUCAGUAUCGUGUCUGUGCAAUCAAUAAAGCUGGAGCAGGCCCAUAUUCUGAAGCAUCAAACUUCUACAAAGCUUGUGACCCUAUUGAUCCACCAAGUGAGCCAACAAAACUUAAAAUUGUUGAUGCAACAAAAACAUCCAUUACCCUUGGGUGGGUAAAGCCUGUCUACAAUGGUGGCAGUGAAAUCACAAGCUACAUUGUUGAGCAGAGAAUGGCUGACGAGACAGAAUGGGUCACUAUAAGCUCUAAAGGUGAAGUGAGGACAACUGAGUUUGUAGUAUCCCAUUUAAAACCUGGAAUGUACUAUUUCUUCCGUGUCUCAGCUGUUAACUGUGUUGGAGCCGGACGUCCAAUUGAGAUGAUACAGUCUGUGCAAGCCAAAGAUAUUCUGGAGGAGGCUGAUGUUGAUCUUGACAUCUCAAUGUCAACUCAGUACGUAGCAAAGGCCGGUAGAGAUGUGAACAUUGUCAUUCCUCUUAAGGGUAGACCUGCUCCAAAUGUAACAUGGAGAAAGGGGGAGAAGAAACUUAGUGGCGACACAAGAUACACCAUCAAAAACACAGAAUAUUCAACUACACUUAUCAUCCCGAAAGUCACAAGAGAUGAUACAGGCAAAUAUCUUCUUGAGAUUGAAAAUGGAGUCGGAGAACCAAAAACAAUUACAGUGUCUGUUAAAGUAUUGGAUACACCAUCAGCUUGCAAUAAAUUGAUUGUGAAAAAUGUGACACGAGGUAAACUCACUCUGAGCUGGGAACCACCUUUUAUUGAUGGUGGCUCUCCAAUCACAAAUUACAUUGUUGAGAAGAAGGAUGCUAAAUUAAAGGCCUUCACUACUGUGACAAAUGAAUGUGCCAAUACAACAUUUAAGGUUGAAGGCCUAGCUGACAAAAUUUCCUAUUUCUUCCGUGUUUCUGCUGAAAAUGAAUACGGUGUUGGUGAUCCUUGUGAGACUGCACAUCCUGUCAGAGCAACAGAAACACCAGGUCCUGUAAGAGAUCUUUUGGUGGCUGAUUCAUCUAAUACAUCUGUAACUUUGGCAUGGACAAAGCCUGAUCACGAUGGUGGCAGCCACAUUUCUGAGUACAUUGUUGAGAUGAAAGAAGAAGAAGAAGAAACUUGGAGCCUUGGUGGCACGUGCAGACGUUGCCAGUUUGAAGUUACACAUCUUAAAGAACUCUCAGAAGUUUUCUUCAGAGUAUUUGCCAAAAAUGAGAAGGGUCUCAGUGACUUCUCUCAAAUUGGACCAAUCACUGUAAUGGACUCUGUUAUACCACCUGAGGCUUACUUUACUGACUGUCCAAGUGGGGUAAUAAGUGUUCGCAUUGGACAAAAUGCGAAUAUUGAUUUGCCGUACAAAGGUAAACCCAGGCCAACUAUUCAGUGGGUGAAAGAUGAUGAGUUACUCAAGGAAAGCGAACAAGUUCGUUUCAGGCAAACAGAGAACAAAGCAAGUCUAAUGAUAAGAAAUGCCAGAAAGGAAAAUGCAGGAAAAUACACCAUGGUCCUUGAUAACACACUUCAUGUGACUUACUAUGACAUCAGAGUAAUUACACUUGGACCACCAUCUGUGCCUGUAGGCCCAAUCCGUUUUGAUGAAAUCAAAGCCCAGAGUAUUAUCAUUUCAUGGGAUGAACCCCGGGAAGAUGGUGGAGGAGAGAUUACUUGCUAUAGUGUAGAAAAGCGAGAGACAUCCCAAAUAGCAUGGAAAAUGGUUUGCUCCAGUGUGGUAAGGACCACAUUCAAGAUACCAAAUUUGGUUAAGGGUACUGAAUACCAAUUUAGAGUGCGUGCAGAGAACAAAUAUGGAGUAAGCGAUCCUCUUAACUCAUCAGAUGUGGUUGCUCAACACCAGUAUAAGCCACCAGGUCCACCGGGUAAACCGUUGGUAUACAACGUAACAAGUGAUGGCAUGACUGUUCAGUGGGAUGCCCCAAGCUUUGAUGGUGGUUCACCAGUCACUGGAUACCAUCUUGAGAAGAAAGACAGGAACAGCUUAUUGUGGACAAAAGUGAAUACCAAUGUUAUCUCUGGAAAAGAAUACAGAGCCAUUGGACUUAUUGAAGGGCUGGAGUAUUCAUUCAGAGUUUAUGCCGAAAACAAUGCAGGCAUGAGUCCAGUCAGUGAGCAAAGCAAACACAAACUGGCAAUUUCGCCUGUUGAUCCUCCUGGCACACCUAAUUGCAUUGAUGUUACAAGAGAUUCUGUAACACUUCAGUGGGAACCACCUAAACGAGACGGAGGCAGCAGGAUUGUGGCAUACAGUGUUGAAAGACGUCAAGGAAGAGGGCGUUGGUUAAGAUGCAAUUUCAUUGAUGUCAGUGAAUGUCAGUUUACAGUAACAAGCCUUGCUGCAGGUGACCGCUUUGAAUUUAGGGUAAUUGCCAGGAAUGCUGUUGGAACAGUAAGUCCACCUUCUCAGUCAUCUGGCUACAUCAUGACCAAGGAUGAAAGUGUCAUUCCUGAGAUUGUGUUUGAAGCUGAGAAGACCCUCACUAUCAAGGCAGGAGAAAACAUUAAACUCAACUGCACUAUAAGUGGACGUCCUGUACCUCAAGUGACAUGGUAUAAAGAUGGAAAGGAAUUUGACAAGAUGUUGGUUGACAUCACCACGGUUAUUGGAGGAAGCUCACUUUUCGUCAGAGAUGCUGACCGCAAUGAUCGUGGUAUUUACACAGUUGAGGCAAAGAACAGUUCAGGCACAACAAAAGUAGAUAUACUUGUCAGAGUACAAGAUACCCCUGGACCACCUGAGGGCCCACUGCGCUUUACCAAUAUUUCUGCCGAGAAAGCAAGUCUUUGGUGGAGCCCACCUGAUAAUGAUGGCUGUGCACCUAUCACUCAUUAUGUCAUUGAGAAGCGUGAGACUUCCAGAAUUUCAUGGGCGCUUGUAACAUCCAAGUGUGAAGCCUGCUCUUUUAAUGCCACAAAACUGAUUAAAGACAAUGAAUAUCAGUUCCGGGUGUCAGCUGUCAAUAAAUUUGGUGUGGGCAAGCCACUGGAGUCUGAUCCAUUCGUUGCCAAAAUACAGUACACGGUACCAGAUGCUCCUGGGACACCUGACUGCACACAUGUGACAGGAAACAGUAUUACGCUAUGCUGGACAAGACCAAGACAUGAUGGUGGAAAUGAGAUCAAGCAAUACAUUCUUGAAAGGCGGGAGAAGAAGAGCUUAAGAUGGGUGAAGGUUUCAUCAAAAAGACCAAUAACUGAGCUUAGGCAUAGAGCUACAAAUCUUACAGAAGGAAAUGAAUAUGAAUUCCGUGUUUUGGCUGAAAACGGUGCUGGAAUUGGACCUGCAAGCGGAACGUCCAGAUUGUUCAAGUGCAGAGAGCCAACAAGUGCACCCAGUGCUCCAACUGUUGUGAAGGUCACUGACUCCACCAAGACAUCUGUAACCCUGGAAUGGACCAAGCCUGUGUUUGAUGGUGGUUUGGAAAUCAUUGGUUACAUUAUUGAGAUGUGCAAGGCAAGCCUUGAGGAAUGGCACAGAGUCAAUAACCAGACUUGUGUCAAUACCAAUUACACAGUAACAGAUUUAGAACCUGGUGAGGAGUAUAGAUUCCGUGUGUGCGCAGUCAAUGGUGCUGGAAAGGGAGAAACCUCUGAGACAAAGAAUAUAGUGCAAGCUGUUGAUCGUCUGACAUCACCAGAAAUAGAAAUUGAUUCAGACUUCAAACAGACACAUGUUGUGAGGAAUGGUGGAACAGUCACCCUUCAUAUUCCAUUCCGUGGCAAACCAGCCCCCCUUGCCACAUGGACAAAAGCAGAUGGAGAGCUUGGUGUAAUGGUAGAUAUAAAUACCACAGAAACGUACAGCACUUUGACCAUUGAAAACUGUACUAGGUAUGAUGCUGGCAAGUAUACACUCUCUCUUGAAAACAACAGUGGUCGUAAAUCUAUUACAUUAACAGUGAAAGUACUGGACACACCUGGACCACCAGGUCCUCUCACAUUCAAGGAUGUGACAAGAGGUGCUCUCACCCUCAUGUGGGAUGCACCAUCUAAUGAUGGAGGUGCUCGUGUCCAUCACUACAUUGUUGAGAAGCGAGAAGCAAGUCGCUUGAGUUGGCAAGAGGUUAGUGAAAAAUGCACACGACAAAUCCUGAGAGUGAUCAACCUUGCUGCAGGCACACCCUACCUCUUCAGAGUUAUUGCGGAAAAUCAGUAUGGCAAAGGUGAACCAUUUGAAAUGACGGAACCUGUUAUAGCCACAGAAGAGCCUGCACCACCCAAGCGAUUGGAUGUCAUUGAUACUACAUCCUCAACAGCCACCUUAGUAUGGAUGAAGCCUGAGCAUGAUGGUGGAAGUCGCAUUACUGGGUACAUUGUUGAGACUAGAAAGAAAGGCACGGCCCAUUGGCUUGUUGGUGGUCAAACAAAAUCUUUGAAAAUGGUUCUUGAAGGCUUGGUUGAGAACACAGAAUAUGAGUUCCGUGUCAAAGCCCAGAAUGAUGCUGGUGUUAGUCACCCACGAGAUGCACUAGCCUCUGUAAUUAUAAAAGAACCCCGUAUAGAGCCAACAGCAGAUCUCAGCGGCAUUGAGCUCAUCACCUGCAAAACUGGAAAUGCCUUUACCAUUGAUAUUCCAAUCAGUGGCAGACCAGUCCCCAAGGUAACAUGGAAACUUGAAGAGAUGAAACUGAAAGAAACAGAUAGAGUAUCAAUUAAGACCUCAAAAGACCGAACCACUUUACUUGUUAAGGAUGCAAAGAGAGGUGACAGUGGAAAAUAUUAUCUCACUCUUGAGAAUGCAGCUGGAUCAAAGACAUUCACUGUUGCUGUCAUUGUCAUCGGAAGACCAAGCCAACCAACUGGACCUGUUGAAAUUUCAGGAAUCUCAUCAGAAUCUUGUGUAUUAACUUGGGCAGAACCUGCAGAUGAUGGUGGAACAGACAUCACUAAUUAUAUUGUUGAGAAACGGGAGUCUGGAGCCACCACAUGGCAGGUUGUGAAUUCAAGUGUGAAACGGACCACUAUUAAAGUAACUCAUCUGACCAAAUACAUGGAGUAUACUUUCAGAGUCUGUGCUGAAAACAAGUUUGGUGUUAGCAAGCCUAUCGAAUCUCAAGCUGUUGUUGCUGAGCAUCCAUUUGUCUCACCAAGCCCACCAACUCGCCCAGAUGUAGUUUUAGUGUCUGCUAAUGCAAUUACUAUUCGUUGGGAUGUGCCAUAUUAUGAUGGUGGAAGCCAAGUAACUGGAUACUGGAUUGAGAAGAAGGAACGUAAUACCAUACUGUGGGUGAGGGAAAACAAGAUUCCUUGCCUUGAUUGUCAAUACAAGGUCUCCAAUCUUAUUGAAGGCCUUGAGUACCAGUUCAGAGUAUAUGCAAUGAACAUUGCUGGUCUAAGUAAAGCCAGUGAGGCAUCAAGGCCAGUACUUGCUCUAAAUCCAGUUGAUCCACCUGGCAAACCAGAGGUUUAUGAUAUAACCAAAACCUCAGUGUCUAUUAGAUGGUCUGUGCCAUUCAACGACGGUGGCAGUAAGAUUGUUGGAUAUGUUGUUGAACGCAAAGCUUCCACUGAGGACGAUGAAGCUCGCUGGUUAAAGUGCAACUACACUACUAUCACAGAAAACUUCUUCACUAUUACAUCACUUAGUGAUGGAGAAACAUAUGAAUUCCGUGUUAUUGCCAGAAAUGGUGCUGGAGUCCACAGCAUGCCAUCUGAGUCUACAGGACCCAUAAUAUGCAAAGAUGAAUAUACACCACCAAAGGCUGAGCUGGACAAACUUGUGGGUGAGACGAUCACUAUUAGAGCAGGAGCAGACAUUGUUCUUGAUGCUGCAGUCGGUGGAAAACCAGAGCCCAAGGUUUUCUGGUCCAAGGGUGAUAAGGAGCUGGAGGCUGGAGAGAAAUACUCACUUACGUACACCAGUACAAGAGCAAUAGCAAUAGUUAAGUCAUGUGAUAGAAAUGAUACUGGAAAAUACAUCCUCACUGUGAAAAAUGCUAGUGGAACCAAAACAGCUGCUGUCAAUGUUAAAGUCCUUGACACGCCUGGACCACCUGAGGGUGCAAUCAUAAUUAGCAGAGUCACAGAAGAGAAAUGUACAGUUUCCUGGAAGAUUCCUCUGGAGGAUGGUGGAGAUUCUGUUUCUCACUAUAUUGUUGAGAGGCGUGAGACCAGCAGACUCAACUGGGUUGUCAUGGAAACUGAAUGCAAAACUCUGUCUUGUGUCAGCACAAAACUGAUCAAAAACAAUGAGUACAUUUUCCGGGUCAGAGGUGUAAAUAAGUACGGGCCUGGUGUACCCUUAGAGUCUGAACCAGUUAUUGCAAGAAAUGCAUACACUGUACCAACACCUCCGGGGGCACCAGAGAUUACUGCUAUUGGAAAAGAACAUGUCAUCAUUGAGUGGCUUAAGCCAGAGAGUGAUGGCGGUAGUGAAAUCAAAAGCUACCUUGUGGAUAAACGUGAGAAGAGCAGUGUUAGAUGGACGAGAGUGAACAAAACCUACACAAUUUAUGAUACACGCCUCAAGAUCACUGGUCUUCUUGAGGGUAGUGAUUAUCAGUUCCGUGUUGCAGCUGCCAAUGCUGCUGGAACCAGUCAGCCAAGUGAGGCAUCUUCAUAUGCCCACUGCAGGGAGCCAACAUAUACCCCAGCUCCACCAUCAGUUCCUCGUAUUAUAGAUACCACAAAGCACAGUAUUAGUAUCACAUGGACACGACCAAUGUAUGAUGGCGGAUCUGAUGUCACGGGCUAUGUGGUUGAGAUUCUGGAGGAGGGAACGGAGCAGUGGUACAGAGCCACCCAAAAACUGCUGAUCAGUACUAAGUACACUGUAACUGGUCUGACAAGUACCAAAAAAUACCGCUUUAGGGUGGCUGCUGUAAAUGCAAUGGGCACUGGGGAAUUUAGUGAAGGGAGUGUUGAGUCUUCACCUUCAGAGAGAGUUGAAAUACCUGAUAUUGAACUACCUGACGACUUGAAGAAAACUGUUUGCAUCAGAGCUGGAAACACUUUACGCCUUCGUGUUACUACAACUGGCAGACCUGCACCAGUUAUUACCUGGAGAAAGACUGGAAUUGACUUACAGGCUCGUGGCUUCAUAGACACUACAGAAAAUUCUACAACUUUAAUAGUGGAGAAGGUGCAUCGCUAUGAUGCUGGAAAAUACACAAUUGAGGCAGAAAAUCCAUCUGGCAAGAAAGCAGUUACUAUUCUUGUUAAGGUUUAUGAUACUCCUGGUCCAUGUGGUGCAGUAUAUGUUAAGGAUUACACAAAAGAGUCUGUUGUUAUUACCUGGGAAGUGCCAACUAUUGAUGGAGGUGCUCCCAUCAGCAACUACAUAAUUGAGAAGCGUGAAUCUUCAAUGAAAUCCUACAAAACUGUGACAACAGAAUGUAAGAAGACGCUAUACAGAAUAACCCAACUGGAGGAAGGCACACAAUACUUCUUUAGAGUAUUGCCUGAGAAUAUAUAUGGUAUCGGAGAACCUUGUGAAAUUAGUGAACCAGUUCUUGUUUGUGAAGUUCCAUCCGUUCCCCAAGAUCUUUAUGUCAUUGACAUCACAAAGUCUACAGUCAGUCUUGGAUGGGAAAAACCACUUCAUGAUGGUGGCAGCAGAAUUAGUGGCUAUGUCAUUGAAGCCUGCAAAGCUGGAACUGACCGUUGGUUGGAUGUUGCAAAUGUGAAAUCAACUGUGCUACAGCACACAAUCGUGUCACUAAAUGAAAAUGAGCAAUAUCUCUUUAGAAUCAAAGCUGAAAAUAGCAGAGGUGUCAGUGAGCCAAGAGAUAUUAUGACACCUGUGACAAUACAAGAACAAAAAGUCAUGCCCAGGAUUGAUUUGACCGGCAUCCCUCAAAAGAUUGUGAGUGUGCCGGCUGGUAAGCCAAUUUUGCUUAACAUUCCCAUCAAAGGUAGACCUGCACCAGUCUGUUCUUGGUUCUUUGGUGGAGUCAAGAUGAAGGACACGCUCGACCGCAUCAAGAUUGAAACAACUGCUAAAUUCACCAAUCUGUCAGUUCGUGAAACCACAAUUAAUGACACUGGUGACUACACUCUUAAAGUAAAGAAUGACGUAGGAACCGCAACUGAAGUCAUCAAAGUUAUCAUUCUUGAUAAACCUGGAGUACCUGUGGGUCCUUUGAGAAUUGAUGAAGUGGAUGCAACAUCUGUUACCUGUAGCUGGGAACCACCAGAGAAGGAUGGAGGUGCAAAUGUCAGUGGCUAUGUUGUUGAGCAACGUGAUGCUCAUCGACCUGGAUGGUUGCCUGUCUCUGAAUCUGUAACAAGACCUACAUUCAAGUUUACGAGACUUACAGAGGGAACUGAAUAUGUAUUCCGUGUAGCUGCAACGAAUCGCUUCGGCAUAGGCAGUUUCUUGCAGUCUGAAGUUGUUGAGUGCAAGAGUGCCAAAACGGUACCUGGAGCACCCAGCACACCUGAAAUACUUGAUGUGUCUCAUGAUGGAAUGACUCUCACUUGGAGACCACCUGAGCACGAUGGUGGUUCUUCUGUGGCCGGCUAUAUUAUUGACCGCAAAGAGGUUGGAUCAGAGAGAUGGGUUCGCAUAAAUAAAAAUCCAGUGACAAUGACAAGAUACCGAGCCACAGGACUUAUGGAGGGUCUUGAAUAUGAGUAUAGAGUGACAGCCAUCAACUCUAGAGGUGCUGGAAAACCAAGUGAAAGUUCUAAAGCAGCUAUUGCAAUGGAUCCUAUCGAACCUCCUGGUAUUCCACUGAAUCCAAGAGUAACAGAUACCACAAGAACAUCAGUUUCAAUUGCUUGGUCUCCUCCAGAGGAUGAAGGAGGUGCAGCUGUUACUGGUUAUCUCAUAGAGAUGCAGAAGGUUGACCAGAUUGAAUGGACCAAAUGCAACACAACACCAACAAAGAUCUGUGAAUAUACUUUGACACAUUUGCCCCAGGGCGCUGAAUACAGGUUCCGUGUGAUGGCAUGCAAUGCUGGUGGAGCAGGUGAACCAGCUGAGAUUCCAAGGGUGGUCAAAGUUACAGAAAUGCUUGAAUAUCCUGAUUAUGAGCUGGACACAACGUACCAGGAGGGCUAUGUUGUCAGACAAGGUGGUGUCAUCAGGCUCUCUGUGCCCAUCAAGGGCAAACCCUACCCAACAUGCAAGUGGACAAAGGAUGGCCGUGACAUUUCUCACAGAGCUAUGAUUGCCACCAGUGAUGAACGCACUGAGCUUGUAAUCAAGGAAGCCCACAGAGAUGACACUGGCACGUAUGACCUUGUGCUGGAGAACAAAUGUGGCAAAAAGGCUGUGUAUAUUAAAGUUAAAGUUAUUGGGCGUCCUGAUCCACCUGAGGGUCCUCUUGAAUUUGAUGAUAUCCAAGCACGUUCAGUAAGAGUAAGCUGGAGACCACCUUCAGAGGAUGGAGGUUCUGAUAUUCUUGGUUACAUUGUGGAGAGGCGAGAGGUGCCUAAAGCAGCUUGGUAUACAGUGGACUCGCGUGUGGUUGACACAUCACUGGUGGUCAAGGGACUGAAGGAAAAUGUUGAAUAUCACUUCAGGGUUACGGCAGAGAACCAGUUUGGCAUUAGCAGAUCCUUAAAAUCUGAUGAAUCUGUUACCCCGAAGACUCCUCUUUGUCCACCAGAACCUUCCAGCUUCCCUCCAGAAAUCAUGGAUGUUACAAAGACCACAAUUGGCCUGUCUUGGUCAAGACCAAAGGAUGAUGGUGGAUCUCGUGUCACUGGAUACUAUGUUGAGAGAAGAGAAACUUCCACUGAAAAGUGGGUGCGUCAUAACAAGACUCACAUCACAACAACAAUGUAUACUCUCACUGGUCUCAUCCCUGAUGCAGAGUACCAGUUCCGUGUGGUUGCUCAGAAUGAUAUUGGUCUGAGUGAGCCAGGACCUGUAUCUGAGUCAGUUGUAUGCAAAGAUCCGUUUGAUAAACCAGGCCAACCUGGUGAGAUUGACAUAAUCUCUAUAGCCAAGGACUGCAUAACCAUUCAUUGGCUACGUCCUGAAUCAGAUGGUGGAAAAGAAAUCAUUGGGUACUGGAUUGAAUAUAGGCAGGCAGGUGAAAGUGCCUGGAAGAAAUGCAACAAAGAGCGUUCAAAGGACAGACAGUUUACCAUGGGCGGUCUUAUGGAGGCUACAGAAUAUGAAUUCCGAGUGUUUGCAGAAAAUGAAACUGGACUGAGUAGACCAAGAAGAACUGCAAUGGGAAUUAAAACCAAACUGAGUGUUGGGGAAGCUCCAUGCCUAAAGGAGGAGAUGAAAGACACCACCACCAAACUUGGAGAGUCUGGAACAUUGAUGUGCCAGAUUAUUGGAAGGCCUCUUCCUGAAAUCAAGUGGUACAGAUACGGAAAGGAACUAAUCCAGAGCCGAAAAUACAAAAUGAGCUCAGAUGGCCGAAACCACUCUUUAACAGUAUCAACAGAUGAACAAGAAGAUGAAGGCCUGUAUACAUGCAGAGCCAUUAAUGAGGCAGGUGAAAUUGAGACCAGUGGCAAGCUCCGAUUGGAGGCUGGACCACAAUUCCACCCUGGAUUCCCAUUAAAGGAGAAAUACUAUGCAGGUUGUGGAACAAGCCUUCGUCUCCAUGUUGUCUACAUCGGUCGCCCUAUUCCACAGAUCAUGUGGUUCUAUGGAAAGAAGCCUCUGAAACCCUCUGAAAACAUCAUAAUUGAAAACACAGAAAGCUACACCCACUUAGUUAUCAGAAAUGUCCAGCGUAAGACCAAUGCUGGAAAAUAUAAGGUGCAAAUGAGCAACAGAUUUGGCACAGUGGACACAGUCCUCCGUGUUGAAAUCCAAGAUAAACCUCUUAUGCCUGAAGGACCAAUAAUUGUUGAUGCUCUACUAAAGAAUUCCGUGAUCAUUAGCUGGAAACCACCAAAGGAUGAUGGUGGAUCAAUGAUCACAAAUUACAUUGUAGAGAAACGUGAAGCAAAGGAGGGAGAGCAGUGGCAUCUUGUAUCAUCAGCAAUCCCUGGAACCUCAUGCCGUGUUCCAAACCUCACUGAGAGUGCUGGAUAUUACUUCCGGGUCUCUGCACAGAAUCAGUAUGGCAUCAGUGAAUCACUUGAGAUUCCUUCUGUUGUCAUUAUUAAGAGUCCAUUCGAGAAACCUGGAGUCCCACAACAGCCAGUUGUUACUUCUGUGACAAAGGAUUCAUGUGUUGUUUCUUGGAAACCCCCAGCCAGCGAUGGAGGGGCUCAAAUUAAGAACUAUUUCCUUGAGAAAAGAGAGAAGAAACAGAACAAAUGGAUUUCUGUAACAACAGAAGAGAUUCAUGAAACAUCAUACUCUGUUGAAGGCCUUCUUGAAGGUUUUGAAUAUGAAUUCCGUGUAAAGUGUGAAAAUAUUGGUGGAGAAAGUGACUGGAGUGAGAUUUCAGAACCAGUCAUUCCAAAAUCCGAUACAGCUUUGCGUGCUCCAUUCUUCAAGGAGGAAUUGAGAGACAUGUGUGUCAAAUAUAGGGCAAAUGCAACCUUUGUCACUAAAGUUAUUGGACAUCCCAAGCCAACAGUUAAAUGGUACAAAAACGGUAAAGAAAUUUUACCUGAUGGAGAGAAAGUAAAGGUGCAAGAAUUCAAGGGAGGCUACUUCCAACUUGUUAUCAGCAAUGCUGAUGAGAAUGAUGCAGCUGUUUACCAAAUUAGAGCUACUAACCAGCUUGGAUCAAUUUCCACAACUGUGGCACUAGAGGUUGAGGUACCUGCCAAGAUUCACUUGCCAUUACAUCUCCAAGGCAUGGGAGCUGUUCAUGCCAUUCGUGGUGAGAUGGUUUCCAUCAAGAUUCCAAUUAGUGGCAAACCUGAUCCUGUCAUCACAUGGCAAAAGGGACAAGAGAUGAUUAAUAAUACAGCUUAUCAUCAAGUAAUUAUCACAAGAUCAUUCACUUCCUUAGUUUUCCUAAAGGGAGUGGAAAGGAAGGAUUCUGGCUACUACAUCAUUUGUGCCAAAAAUCGAUUUGGUGUUGAUAAGCAGACAGUUGAACUUGAUGUUGCGGAUGUCCCCGAUCCUCCCAAGGCUAUUAAAGUUAGCGAUAUUGGCAGAGAUUCAAUCACCCUCACUUGGACUCCUGGAAAUGAUGGUGGAAGUGAAGUUUUCAAUUAUAUUAUUGAAAAGUGCCCUACAACUGGUGACAGAUGGAUUCGUGUAGCUCAAACAUCAGAGUGCCAGUACACCUUGGUGAGCCUCUUUGGCAAAACAAAAUAUCAGUUCCGUGUGAUUGCAGAGAACAAAUUUGGCUUGAGUGGUCCCUCUGCACCAACUGACCCAGUCACAACAAAAGAAGACAAGUUAGCAAUUAGAAACUAUGAUGAAGAAGUGGAUGAAGCAAGAGAGGUUACAAAGGAGGAGGCACCACAUUCUAAAGUAAAAAAUAUGCCAUCUCUGUACACUAUCUCUGAGGAGCUUGCACGUAAUGGACAGUUUGGCAUUGUCCAUCGCUGUGUUGAAAUUAGCUCUAAGAAGACAUUCAUGGCGAAAUUCAUCAAGGUUAAAGGUGCUGAUCGAGAGCUGGUUGCAAGAGAAAUUGAGACACUCAAUAUUGCAAGACACAAAAACAUAAUUUAUCUUCAUGAAUCGUUUGAUAGUCUGGAAGAAUAUGUCCUGAUCUAUGAAUUCAUGUCUGGUUUAGACAUCUUUGAGCGCCUUGGUACAAACUUUGACCUCACAGAACAAGAAAUUGUUCGGUAUAUGAGACAAGUUUGCGGAGCUCUGAAAUUCUUGCACAGUCACAACUAUUGUCAUUUCGAUAUCAGGCCUGAUAAUAUUGUGUAUUCCACUAGGAAGAGCAGUACCAUCAAGAUCAUUGAGAUGGGUCAGGCUAGAUUACUUACACCUGGAGACAACAUCAGAGUUCAGUUCACUGCACCCGAGUACUGUGCACCUGAAAUUCACAGCAGUGAUUUUGUAACCACUGCCACUGACAUGUGGUCUGUAGGUGUUCUUGCAUAUGUUCUCCUUAGUGGACUUAAUCCAUUUGCUGCUGAAUCAAGCCUGAAAAUGAUUGAGCACAUUACAAAUGCAGAAUAUGUGUUUGAUAGUGAAGCCUUUAAAGAAACCAGUGUUGAGGCUAUGGACUUUGUUGACAGGCUGCUGACUAAAGACCGCAAACUGCGUAUGACAGCCUCUGAAGCUUUGGAGCAUCCUUGGCUUAAGAUGAAACUGGAAUAUGUUAGUUCAAAGGUCAUCAAGACUUUGAGACACAGACGAUACUACCAAACACUGGUGAAAAGGGAAUGGAGCACAGUUACUUCAUCAGCACGUGUUGCCUAUGGUGGUGGCUACAGAAACCAGAGAAAUGUUUCAAUUGGUAGAGUCAAAGUUGCACAUCCUGAACAAGGCCUAAGAGCAGGUCCAGUCAUGCAUGGCUGUGCUGAAGAGGGUGGCCAUGUCAGGUUUGUGUGCUACAUUGAGAAUUAUGACCGAAACACUGAAGUGACCUGGUACUUUGGUUCUCGCAAACUGACAGCAAGCCAUAAAUAUGAAAUCAACUAUGCUAAUGGAGUUGCUAGCAUCUAUGUUAAAGACAUUGAAGAAUCUGAUGAUGGACUAUACAGAUGCAAGAUUGUCAGUGAAGACAGAGAAGACAAUGCUUAUGCUGAGCUGUUUGUUGAGACUGUCAGGUCCUAUCGUGAAUACUAUCUGGGACGCUCACUGAAGAAACCAAAGCGUAGAAUUGACAAAACCAAGCUGUUGCAGAGGCCACCUGAGUUUACUUUGCCAUUGUACAACCGUACAGCAUACAUUGGUGAAGAUGUUCGCUUUGGUGUCACCAUAACAGUCCACCCAGAGCCAAGUGUUACAUGGUUGAAGGCUGGACACAGAAUCAAACCAGAUCCUACUAAAUACACAUUCAUAAGCGAUAAGGGUCUUUAUCAGCUGAUGAUUCACAACGUUGAGCUUAGUGAUGACGCUGAAUACACUGUUGUGGCAAACAACAAGUUUGGUGAGGACAGCUGCAAGGCACGGCUCACUGUUACACCACACAAGGUUGCUGAAGACAGCAUGAGACCAAUGUUCAAACGUCUCUUAGCCAAUAUUGAGUGUGUCGAGGGGCAGAGUGUCCGAUUUGACCUAAGAGUAUCAGGAACUCCGCCACCAACGCUUACAUGGGAGAAAAAUGGCAAACCUCUUGAGUUCAGACCUCAAGUUGAAGUUGUUCAAGAGGAUGUAGAUUAUUAUGUUCUACAUAUUAGAGAAACCCUAAUAGAGGAUGCAGGCACAUACAGAGUCACUGCAACAAACACGGCUGGAUCAGCAAGUUGUCAAGCUAUUCUCAAGGUUGAACGCCUAACAUACACAAGGAGAGAGUUCAAGAGUGAGGAAGAGAGGCAGACAUAUGUACGAAACCAAAUAGAAAAGACACUGAAAUUGGCAGAACAUUUCUCCAAAGCUGAAGUUAUUGCACUCAAUCCUGUAGCACAAGAAGCUUUAAAAGAAGCUGCUGAAUUAUAUAAGCCUGCAGUGAGCACAAAGAAUGUGCAGGGUGAGUUUGACAUUUCUGAGAAAGAUGAAGAAAUAAAGAAAAUGAUACGUGAAGAAAAGCAAAUACGCAUGCCUUAUGAAAUCCCAGAGGUUCGUGCACAUGAUCCAUCUGUUCUCAGUGAAGAUAAGGUUAUCAAACACUUUGUGGCCCUAUCUGAUAUGAAAUGGUACAGGAAGCUUCGGGAUCAGUUUGAGAUUUCUGAGCGCAUGGAAAGAAUUGUUCAAAAGAGACAGAGGCGUAUUCGACUUUCUAGAUGGGAACAAUUCUAUGUUGUGCCACUGCCUAGAAUAACUGAUCAAUACAGACCAAGGUGGCGCAUUCCAAAAUUCACACUAGAUGAUUUAGAGAUCGUUCGACCAGCAAGACGAUCGCCAUCUCCUGAGUCAGUCGUGUCCUUCAAACAGAGAAGGCGUUCACUUGGAGACCUCUCAGAUGAGGAGUUCCUCGAGUCUGUUGAGGAUUACACAGCACUGAGAAGAACUGAAAAAGAAAGACAGGAGCUUGAAGAUGAACUUGAACUUGGCUUCUCUGCUUCCCCACCCAGUGGAAGCCCUGUCCGCUUUGAGUUGUCUGCACUGCGUCGUGCAUCACCAAGACCAGUUCAGAAAGCUGAAGUAAGACAGAUGGAAGAGCACAUCAAAUAUGUGACAACUACAGAGCAAGCUCGAGGCUCUCCACCUCCCAUUUCACAUUUCUUAAGGAGAAGGAGAUCCUUGUCUCCAACAUACAUUGAACUGAUGCGUCCUGUCUCUGAACUCAUCAGACAACCUCGAGCACGUGUCUCAGUAGAGGUUGAAGGUGAAAUCGUUGAAAGAAGAUCACCUACCCCUGAGAGGACACGUCCUCGUUCUCCGAGUCCUGUAUCCACCGAGAGGAGAUCUUCCAGAUCCUCCUCUAGAUUUGAAAGAUCUGCUAGAUUUGACAUCAUGUCUAGAUAUGAGGCAAGAAAAGCUGCUCUUAAAUCAGAGCGCAAGUACCAGGUUGUGACACAGGAACCCUUCAGUCUUGACCAUGCUCCUCGUAUCACAGUAAGAAUGCGUUCUCACCGUGUACCGUGUGGUCAAAAUACUAAAUUUACUUUGAAUGUUCAAUCCAAGCCAGAUGCUGAAAUACAGUGGUUCCAUAAUGGACAGCUAAUACAAGAAUGCAGCAAAUACCAAUUCACAAACAUGAGUGGAGUCCUGUCUCUCCAGAUUAAUGACUGUCAGGAUGAGGAUAGUGGAACGUAUCGUGCCUUGUGCACAAACUCAAAGGGUGAGGCAUCAGACUAUGGAACUCUUGAUGUUUCUGGAGGAGCAUUUACAACAUACUCCUCAAGACGUAAAGACCAAGAGGUCAUAACGCCAUUUGUACCUGAUAUUACAAAGACAGAUUAUUAUCAUGUAUCAUCAUUUAGGGCGUCCUCAGCCUCACAAACUCACUUGGAGAUCAAAGAAACUAAAACUAAACUAACAGAGACACAUGAAGUAUCUGCCUCUGAAAAGUAUGCAUCUGCUGAAUACUUAUCAUCAGCUUCAUAUUCAUCCUCUGAAAGAUUUACAUCAACUGAAAAACAUGUCUCAUCAUCUGCGUCAAUGGUAAAAGAAUCAGCAGCAUCUGUAGUGUCAAAGAAAUCUAAAGCUACAGUUUCAGCCAAAAUACUCACAAAACCUCAGUCUUUAACUGUAUCUAAGGGAGACUCUGCACGAUUUGUAUGUGAUAUUGAUGGCGAGCCAGCACCAAGUGUCACAUGGAUACAUGAAGGAAGAACAAUCGUCUCAUCACACCGUGUACAUGUGACAACAACACAGUACAAGUCUAUAUUUGAAAUUUCCUCAGUCGAGUAUUCAGAUGAAGGCAGCUAUACUGUAGUUGUGGAAAAUUUUGAAGGAAAGCAAGAGGCACGGUUUACUUUGAAAAUUCACAAGCCAGUACCUAAGGAGAAAGUGAAAACACCAUUACCUUCAGUGAAAUCACCAGAACCUUCUGUGAAAACUCCUGCACCUACUGUGGCAUCUCCAUCACCAUCAAUUAGGUCUCCAGAGCCUUCUGUGAAAUCUCCUGCACCAUCAGUUAAAUCUCCAGAGCCUUCUGUGAAAUCUCCAGUGCCCUCAGUUAAAUCUCCAGAGCCUUCUGUGAAAUCUCCAGUGCCUUCAGUUAAAUCUCCAGAGCCUUCUGUGAAAUCUCCAGUGCCUUCAGUUAAAUCUCCCGAGCCUUCUGUGAAAUCUCCUGCGCCAUCAGUUAAAUCUCCCGAGCCUUCUGUAAAAUCUCCUGUGCCAUCAGUUAAAUCUCCCGAGCCUUCUGUAAAAUCUCCUGUGCCAUCAGUUAAAUCUCCAGAGCCCAAAAUUAAAUCACCAGAACCCACUGGUGUUAAGUCUCCUGAACCCCGAAUUAAGUCACCGGAAGGCAUUAAAUCACCACUGAGAGUGAAGUCACCAGAGCCAGCCACCUCCAUCCAGAGAGUGAAAUCUCCACCUCCCAUCAAAUCUCCUGAACCAACCACUGCUCAAAGAGUAAAGUCUCCAACAGCUUUGAAAUCUCCUGAGCCAAUAACCUCACCUCCCAGGGUAAAAUCUCCACCUCCUGUUAAGUCUCCGGAACCAGUUACCUCCCCUCUGAGAGUAAAAUCCCCAACAGGAAUUAAGUCUCCUGAACCUCAGAGAGCCAAAUCUCCACCAACAGUCAAAUCUCCUGAGCCACCUAAAAGAGUUAAAUCUCCACUUACAGUGAAAUCACCACCAAAAAUCAUUCAGCAACUCAAAGCCGAAGCUUUUGAAGACAAAAUUAAGAUGGUCUGUGUAGCUGAGAGCUCUGUCACAGAAGUUGUGUGGUACAAGGAUGGCAAAAAAUUGACUCAAAGUAGUCGUUACCAGAUUCAAACAUCUGCUGAUGGAACUUGCUGUUUCUAUAUAUCUGAUGUUACUGAGAGAGACCAAGGCGAAUACUCCUGUGAAAUUAUAGGUGAAAGUGGAGCAGUGUCAAGAUCAUCAUUUUCUUUUGUUGGUCAACUGUUUCAAGCCAUCUACAAAAAAAUAACACUGUUUGUGUCUACACACAAGGCUGUUCAAGAAUCUGUGUCUACCCAAAUACGUGGCGGGGCUGAAAUGUUACUUAAAAGAGAGAGUGCCGCCGUUAGCAGCAUGCACGAAAGUUUCUCUUCAAAAUCCAUCCAGAUGGAGAGCGCAAUGCAAGAAUCAUCCUUCAGCAGUGCCUCAAUGGCUGAGAUGAAAUUUGAAACUAUGUCAAUGUCUAGCAAGUCCUCCAUGACGUCUGAAUAUGCUAUGAGCACAAGCAGUGUAAUGUCAAGUCACUCACAUGCUGAGGGAUCUUCAAUAAGGGGAAUGCUGCACAGUGCACAAGGCUUAGCUCCAAGAAUUGAAGCUCUUCCCGAAGAUAUCAGCAUCGAAACUGGAAAGGUUAUAACGGUAGCCUGUGCUUUCUCUGGAGAGCCAACACCUCGUAUUGAGUGGUCCCGGGGCGGAAGGACACUGCCUAGUGCGGAAGAGAGCAGCAGGUUCCAUAUUGAGACCACCGAAGACCUGACCACGCUCAUCAUCACUGGUGUGAAAGAGAGCGAUGCUGGAACAUACACACUCAGACUUUCUAAUGAGCAUGGAUCUGACACAGCAACUGUUACCAUCAGCAUUCGAUCAAAGUAAAAGCGAUAACCUUAAUUUUUACCCCCUUCCCUCAUUAAGCGACGUUUUUUUGUAUUUAUUAAUGAACAGAAAAAAUCUUGAUAAGUACCUGUAAAUAUAAACUAUUUUUAUACCAAACUUGACAUCAAUUUAUGCCAAAAAGUCUAAAGUUAUUAUAGAAUGUGUCAUAUUGGAUACUUAUGACUUCGGAUUUUUGAUCCAUUUUUCUGUGACGUGUACAUAAUGUAUAUAGCCGAAUUUAACGGUUAUGAAAAAUGUAUGAAUUGUUAUUUAUAACAAUAUUAACUGAAACAAAUGAAACUUAAUGUUUAUCAGGAGAAAGUUUCACAUGGAACGAAUACCCUGUUAAACCUGAAACUAAACUCUGUGCCUCAACAGUAAGUUGAAGUCUUAAGAUUGCCUCAACAGGUAGAGAGGCUCCCUGUUGAUGUUACACUAAAUCUGAGAGACAAAGUCAUACAUGCACGUUUACACGUGCAGUGGUAUUAUUACCACACUCUUAUGCAUUGUUACUUGAACCUAAGACCUUGAGUGCUGUUUGCAUAAUACCCUCAUGUAAGCAGGACGACUGGGUCUUGUGUUCAGACUGAUUAUGUCAUAUCACCAUUUUAAUGACAUGCUCAAGGUGCGAGCGGCCUGCACUUUGAGCUAAAAUGUUUUUGUGCUCUGUUUCUGGCAAGGGACUGCAUGAAUAAACUUGAAAAAAAUAACAUCACCUGGCCACUAAAGAAAGUUUAUCUUGUACUUCCUUGCAGAAGCAGAGCCUCCUCUCGGAGGUUUGCUUUGAUGCAUUGUGUGUUUGUGUGUUAGCUUAGAAUUCACCUUGUCAGUUGUUGGGCAAACAAGAAAGUGCGCCACAGCGACACCACCUGCUGUGCAAUGGAGAAAACAGUUUAGUGUCUAAAUGCCCUGCACUUUGGUUUGAUUUUAUGUAGAAUUUUAGUAUUAUCUAUAUACGCAACCUCCUUGAGUAUUAAUGAAUCAAUAAAGCAUGUUCUCAGCACAACAA